UUCCCAGCCUCGCCUCGGGUGGAGGGAUUGCGAGGAGGGAAAGCAAAACUACACGGCCUAUCAGUGUGUAGUUUUGUUUUUUUCGGGGGGGAAUAUUUCGAGGCUCGACCGUUCUCACCUUGGAUUUUUCUGGAAAAACCUUUCUGGAUAAGGAGACCUUUGCUCAUCAGAGUCAGCUGGGCUCCGUCCCAUCAGUCCGAGGCACUCUUGUGGAUACAAGGUGCCGACCAUCAUGUCAACGCAGGCGCCAACAUUCACGCAGCCGCUACAGAGCGUCGUGGCACUGGAGGGUAGUGCCGCCACGUUCGAGGCUCAAGUUAGUGGUUCUCCAGUUCCUGAGGUGAGCUGGUUCCGUGAUGGCCAGGUUCUUUCCGCCGCCGCUCUGCCCGGCGUCCAGAUCUCGUUCAGCGAUGGCCGCGCUGUUCUGAGGAUCCCUGCUGUGACCGCCGCACACAGCGGAAGAUUUUCCGUCAGAGCCACCAACGGUGCUGGACAAGCCACGAGCACCGCUGAACUCCUCGUUACAGCGGAGACGGCGCCUCCCAGCUUCCUUCAGAGACUGCAGAGCUCCACAGUGAGACAGGGCAGCCAGGUGAGGCUGGACGUCCGAGUCACAGGUAUCCCCACACCUGUGGUGAAGUUCUACAGAGAGGGAGCCGAGAUCCAGAGCUCGGCUGACUUCAGGAUCCUCCAGGAGGGGGACCUGUACAGUCUGCUGAUCGCCGAGGCCUUCCCGGAGGAUUCUGGGACGUACUCUGUGACUGCCACCAACAGCAGCGGACGGGCCACCUCCACCGCUGAACUGCUGGUUCAGGGUGAAGAAGCCGUUCCAGCAAAGAAAACCAAGACCGUGAUUUCAACCUCUCAGAUUUCACAGACCCGUCAGACCAGAGUGGAGAAGAGGAUGGAGGCCAGUUUCCAGGCCACCACCAUGAUGGAGAUGCAGGUGGAGGGUGCCGAGCUGACUCAGCAGCUGGCUCACAAGACUCCGCCCAGAGUCCCUCCCAAACCCACAUCCAAGUCCCCGACGCAGCCCUCGCUGGUCGCCAAGGUCGCUGGAGCACGCCAACAGUCGCCGUCACCUGUCAGACACGUGAAGGCACCCACGCCCACACCUGUCAGGCCUGCCUCUCCCACUUCAAGACUCUUGGUCUCCCCCAUCAGGCCAGUCAAGUCCCCCAUCACCACACGCAAGCAGGCGGUCGCCGGUGCCGACGUCCUGCCGCCCUGGAAGCAGGGAGACUACGUGGCCGAGGCCAGCUUCACCAGCAUGACCAGUAUGACCAGCAGCACUGUCACACAGCUGGGCCAGGAGCAGCGCUGGGAGCAGCAGGUCAAAGAGGUGGUGGAGGCAGCAGCUGUACCUUCUGCCGGUGGCGGCGUGGUUCCACCCACACUGGUGUCUGGCUUGAAAAACACAAACGUGACAGAGGGUGAGUCUGUGACCCUCGAAUGCCAGAUCAGCGGUGAUCCGACACCGGUCAUCAUGUGGUUCAGGGAAGACUACAAGAUCGAGAGCUCCAUCGAUUUCCAGAUCAGCUACGAGAAUGGAUUCGCCCGGCUAAUGAUCCGUGAGGCGUUCGCUGAAGACAGCGGACGCUUCACCUGCACUGCCACUAAUGAGGCGGGAACCGUCAGCACCUCCUGCUACCUGCUCGUCCAGGUGUCCGAGGACAUCGAGAGCAGAGAGGAGAUCGCUAUCGUCGCCGAACACGUUGAAACUGCUCAGGAAAAACUAGUAACCGAAGAAGCGAAAGAAGAAACCAUGUCUCAGGUGAGCGUGGCCGAGUCGGACGCUGCCGCCGCCGCUCCCUUCUUCAUCAAGAAACCCAGUAUCCAGAAGCUGGUGGAGGGAGGAAGUGUGGUCUUUGAAUGCCAGGUUGGCGGAAGCCCCAAACCACAUAUUAUCUGGAAGAAGAGCGGUGUACCGCUCACCACUGGAUACAGAUACAAAGUUGCCUACAAGAAGGAGACCGGAGAGUGCAGGCUGGAGAUCUCCAUGACCUUCGCUGAUGACGCCGGAGAAUACGCCGUGUUUGCCAAGAACCAGCUUGGAGAAGUCUCAGCCUCCACCAGUCUGCUGGAGGAAGAGGAAUAUGAAGCCUACGUGAAGAAACAGGAAGCAACGUUUAAGACUGAAGUGACAGCCGUGGUGCAGGAGCCCAGAGUGGGAGACGUUCCCCCCGUCGUUGUUACGGCAAUGGAGCAGAUGACCACCACCAUUAUUUCAGGACAGGAAUUCCAUCUUUCUGCCAUCGAGCAGAGGAUCAUCCAGGAGAUCGAGCUCCGCAUCAUGAAGAUUACGUACAGAGAGAUAGUGACAGAGGACGGAGAGUUGAUGGUGACCGCCGCCCCCACAGAGGCGGUGCAGCCGGCCUUUGACACGCCGGUGAAAAACUACAGGAUCAUGGAGGGAAUGGGCGUCACUUUCCACUGUAAGAUGGCUGGAAUGCCACUGCCAAAGAUUGCAUGGUUUAAAGAUGGCGAGCGUAUCAGGCCUGGAGACCGUCACCAGAUGGAGGUUCUUCAGGAUGGACGAGCCAGCCUUCGUUUGCCUGUCGUUUUGCCCGAAGAUGAGGGCGUGUACACCGCCUUUGCUACCAACAUGAAGGGAAACGCCGUCAGCUCUGGGAAGCUCUAUGUGGAGCCAUCUGGGGCACCUCAGAGAUACACACCGCAGCCAGCAGUGCAGAGGAUCAGGUCCACAUCUCCUCGUUCUCUGAGCCGCUCACCUGGGCGUUCUCCCAGCCGUUCGCCUGGACGCUCCCCCGCUCGCAGGCUCGAUGAGACAGAUGAGGCACAGCUGGAAAGACUCUACAAACCUGUGUUUGUCAUGAAGCCUUCCUCAUGCAAAUGCUCUGAGGGGCAAACUGCCAGGUUCGACCUGAAGGUCGUCGGCAGACCCAUGCCCGACACUUACUGGUUCCACAACGGACAACAAGUGGUAAGCGACUACACCCACAAGAUAGUGGUUAAAGAGGAUGGUACUCAGUCCCUGAUCAUUGUCCCAGCCAUGCCAGAAGACUCAGGAGAAUGGACAGUCGUGGCUCAGAACAGAGCUGGACGUUCAUCCCUCUCUGUCACUCUCACUGUUGAUGCUAAAGAAACCUUGGUGCGACCCCAGUUCACUGACAAGCUGAAGAACAUCAGUGUGAAGGAGGGCACUCUGGUCGAACUGGCUGUCAAAGCCAUCGGAAACCCCCUGCCUGAUAUCGUCUGGCUGAAAAACAGUGACAUUAUCACACCACACAAACACCCAAACAUCAGGAUUGAAGGAACCAGAGGAGAGGCCAAAUUCCAGAUUCCCUCAGCUGUUGGCUCAGACAGUGCCUGGUACACAGCGACAGCCAUUAACAAGGCUGGCAGAGACACCACUCGCUGCAGAGUCAACGUUGAGGUUGAGUAUGCUGAACCUGAACCAGAGAGAAAGCUCAUUAUUCCCAAAGGAACUUACAAAGCCAAAGAAAUCACUCCUCCAGAGGUAGAACCCCUGCAUCUGCGAUAUGGACAGGAGCAGUGGGAGGAGGGCGACCUUUACGACAAAGAGAAACAACAGAAACCACAGUUCAAGAAGAAGCUGACUUCUGUUCGCAUGAAGCGUUUCGGUCCAGCUCAUUUUGAGUGCAGACUGACCCCUAUUGGUGACCCCACCAUGGUAGUGGAGUGGCUGCAUGAUGGCAAACCCCUGGCAGCUGCUAACAGGUUGCGCAUGGUCAAUGAAUUUGGCUACUGCAGUCUUGACUAUGAAGUCGCCUACGCUAGAGACAGUGGUGUUAUUACCUGUAGAGCCACAAACAAAUAUGGAGUCGACCAGACCUCAGCCACCCUGAUCGUUAAGGAUGAGAAGGGUCUUGUUGAGGAAACACAGCUUCCUGAAGGCAAGAAGGGAGGGCACAGAAUCGAUGAGAUCGAGCGUAUAGCUCAUGAGGGAGGACCUGCAGGAGUCACCGCUGAAGAGGAAACUGAGAAAAUGAAACCUGAGAUUGUCCUUCUUCCUGAACCAGUCAGAGUUAUGGAGGGCGACACUGCCAGAUUCCGCUGCAGAGUGACCGGUUAUCCAGCACCGAAGGUCAACUGGUACCUCAAUGGACAACUUAUCCGCAAGAGCAAGAGAUACAGACUUCGCUAUGAUGGUAUUUACUAUCUGGAGAUCACUGAAAUUAAAUCCUAUGAUUCAGGAGAAGUUAAAGUGGUGGCAGACAACAACCUUGGCUCAACCGAGCACACGGUGAAGCUGGAGAUUCAGCAGAAAGAGGACUUCAGAACUCACCUGCGCCGCGCUCCUGAGGCUAAAGCCGCUGAGGCUACACCUGAACCUGGAAAAACACCAUUUGAAGUGGUGAAGGCUGAGAAACCUGCAGAAGACUCUCAGGUGAAAGAAGUGGUCAAGCUCAAGAAAGCCCAGAGAAUCGUCCAUGAGAAAGCCUCGGAAGAGUCGGAGGAGCUGAGGAGCAAGUUCAAACGCAGGACAGAGGAAGGCUAUUAUGAGUCCAUCACCGCGGUGGAGCUCAAGUCACGUAAAAGGGAUGAGUCCUACGAGGAUCUGCUGAAGAAAACCAAGGAGGAUUUGCUUCACCAUGCCAAGGAGAAGGAAGAGGCGGAGAAGAAGAAGGAGGAGGAGCGCCGCAAACUUACAGCUAAACCUCUAAAACCAGAGAGGGUCAAGCUCUCAGCCAGUAUGGAAGCUCCUAAGAUCCUGGAACGUAUUACAAGCCAGACAGUUGCACAAGGUGACGAAGUGAAGUUCAGAGUCAGAGUCGUGGGCAGACCAGAGCCUGAGUGUCAGUGGUUCAAGAAUGGUGUUCAGCUGGAGAAGUCAGAUCGUAUUUACUGGUACUGGCCUGAGGAUCACGUGUGUGAACUGGUGAUCAGAGACGUCAGAGCAGAGGAUUCUGCUAGCGUCAUGGUUAAAGCUUCAAACACUGCAGGAGAGACUUCAAGCCAUGCUUUCCUGCUGGUGCAAGCAAAGCAAGUCAUCACCUUCACACAGAAGCUGGAGGACAUCAAUGCCAAGGAGAAGGACACCAUGGCUACCUUUGAGUGCGAGACCAACGAGCCUUUUGUCAAGGUCAAAUGGCUGAAGAAUAAUGUGGAAAUCUUCUCUGGAGACAAAUACAGGAUGCACUCUGACAGAAAGGUUCACUUCCUGUCUGUGCUGAUGAUUGGCAUGAAAGAUGAUGCAGAAUAUGCCUGUGUGGUCAUAGACGAUGAUGUCAGGACGACUGCCAAGCUUAACGUUGAAGGAGCCCCCCUGGAGAUCCUGAAGCAGCUGGAGAGCACAGAGGUGCCAGAGACAUACUCUGCAGAGUUUGAGUGUCUCGUGUCUCGUGAGGAUGCGGAAGGCAGCUGGUUCUUUGGAGAAAAGCUGCUCUCCCUCAGCAGUAAAUACGUCAUAUCCUCCCGUCGUGGCAGACACACCUUGUCUGUCAAAGAUGUGAAGAAGGAGGACCAAGGAAAAUAUACCUUCACGGUGGGCGAGUUCAAGACAAGCGCCUCACUGAAGAUGAAAUUGCGUCCAGUGACCCUGAUGCAGCCUUUGACUGACCUGACGGUCUGUGAGGGCGACAUUGCGCAGAUGGAAGUCAAGUUCUCCCAGGAGAAUGUUGAAGGGACCUGGAUGAAGAACGGGCAGCCCAUCACAGCCUCAAACCGUGUCCACAUUGUUAUUGACAAACAGAUCCACAAAAUCCUGAUUGAAGACACCAACAAGGAUGACUUUGGAAUGUACUCCUUUGUCGUUCCCGAUCAGGAGAUCUCAACCUCCGCAAAGCUGGUCAUUCAGACUAUUGGCGUUCUGAUCCCACUGAAGGACACUAGUGCCGUUGAGGGCACCAAGGUUGUCCUCGAGACCAAGAUCUCGGCUCAGGACAUCAGCUCCGUUAAAUGGUACCACAAUGACCAACUACUGAUGCCCAGCGACCGAGUCCAGAUGGUGGCAAAGGGAGCCAAGCAGCGUCUGGUCUUCAACAGGACCUACGCCUCAGAUGAAGGACAGUACAAACUGGUUGUUGGCCGAGCUGACACCAGCUGCAGGUUAACUGUUCAGACGGUCCAGAUCGUGACCCCAAUGAAGGACAAGGAGUGCUCUGAGUCUGAGAAUGUCACCUUCGAGGUUGAGGUUUCUCACCCAGGCAUCGACGCCUUCUGGACCUUCAAAAGGCAGCCACUCAAAGCCAGCGCCAAGUAUAAGAUGGAGUCCAAGAACAAGCACCACACCCUGACGGUCAUGAACGCAAUGAAGGAUGAGGAGGGCGAGUACAUGUUUGCCGCUGGUGAGAAGAUGUGCAGUGCUUCUCUCACUGUAACAGGUGGUGCUAUCAAGAAGCCUCUGCGUGAUUUGGUGGUGGCUGACUCCCAAACCUCCGUGCUGGAGUGCGAAGUAGCCAACCCGUCUGCAGAGGGCAAGUGGCUGAAAGAUGGCCAGCCCGUCGACUUCAACGAGAAUGUGGUGAGCGAGGUCAAAGGCGCCGUCAGACGCCUCGUCAUCGUCAUCACCAAAGCCACCGACAUCGGAGAGUACACCUAUCAGGUCGCCACCUCCAAGACCUCAGCCACCCUGAAAGUUGAGGCUGUGAAAGUCAAAAAGACCCUGAAAAACCUGAAUGUGGUCCAGACUCAGGAAGCUGUGUUCAGUCUGGAGCUGACCCACGAAAAUGUGAGAGGAGCGCAGUGGAUCAAGAAUGGUGUCGAGAUCCAGCCCAGCGAUAAAUACGAGAUCAGUAUCGAAGGCACAGUCCACACCUUGAAGAUCAAGAACUGCACCACACAUGACGAGUCUGUUUACUCUUUCAAACUGGGAAAACUGUCUGCAAAUGCCAGGCUCAACGUUGAAACUAUCAAAAUCCUGAAGAAGCCGAAGGACGUGACGUCACUGUUGGGCGCAACAGCUGUAUUUGAGGUUGGCAUCUCUGAGGACAAUAUCCCUGUAAAGUGGAUGUUCAACAACGUGGAGCUGAGGCCAAACAAGCACUACAGGAUGCUCUCUGAGAAGAAGACCCAUAAACUGAUUGUCCAGGAUGUGGACAACAACAAACAGGGAGAGUACACCGCUGUGGUGGGCCACCUGCAGUGCAGCGCUCGUCUCAUCGUCGAAUCUCUACGAGUCACCAAACCCAUGAAGAGCAUGGAGGUCCCUGAGACUCAGGUGGCCACGUUCGAGUGUGAGGUUUCUCACUUCAACGUACCAUCCACCUGGCUGAAGGACGGUGUGGAGAUCGAGAUGAGCGAGAAGUUCAGGAUCGUGGUUCAGGGGAAACUCCACCAGCUGAAGAUCAUGAACACCAGCAGAGAUGACUCCGCGGAGUACACCUUCAUCUGCGGGAACGACCGAGUGUCUGCAACGCUCACCGUUAGCCCCAUUCUGAUCACGACCAUGCUUCAGGACCUGAACGCUCAGGACAAAGACACGGUCACAUUUGAAGUGAAUGUUAACUACGAGGGGAUCACGUACAAAUGGCUGAAGAACGGCGUGGAGAUCCGGUCCACUGACAGAUGCCAGGCUCGCUGCAAACAGCUCACACACACUCUGAGCAUAAGGAACGUCCACUUCGGGGACAGCGCUGAGUACACCUUCAUGGCCGGCUCUGCAGUUACUUCAGCCAAACUCCAUGUUGAAGCCCGUGUGGUUGAGUUCACCAAACACCUGAAGGACCUGAAGAUCACAGAGAAGAAGCGGGCGACUUUUGAAUGUGAAGUUUCCGAGCCGAACAUCCAGGUGAUGUGGAUGAAGGACGGUCAGGAGCUGGAGAUGUCCGACAGAUACAAAAUGACCUCGGAUAAAUUUGUGCAUCGUCUGGUUCUGCCAUCGGUCCGUCUGAGUGACGCCGGAGAAUACACCGCUGUGGCCGGAUCCAGCAUGUCCAAGGGCCACCUGGGAGUCGAAGGACGGGAUGUCAAAAUCUCAGAGCCCGCUAGCAGGGACGUCACUGUGGUUGAAAAGCAAAGAGCAACCUUUGAGUUUGAGGUGAAUGAGGAUGAUGUAGAGGGUCGCUGGAUGAGGAACGGAGUGGAGCUCCACCUCUCGGCAGAGGAACGGUUCAGCUACGCCACCAUCAGGAAGCUCCACCGCCUCACCAUCUCUGAGACCUACAGGAGCGACGCCGGAGAGUACACCUUCUUAGCCGGCAAGAACAGAAGCACCGUGAACCUUCAUGUCAGAUUGCCAGAGCCUCCUCAGAUCGCCCGCCACAUGCAGCCUCAGACGGCGAUGUCGGGUAGAUCGGUUCGCUUCUCGGUGCAGGUGAGCGGCAUCCCUCAGCCUCAGGUGUCCUGGUACAAGGACUCCCAGGCUCUGUCCACCAGCUACAAGUGCAAGUUCCUCCACGAUGGAGACGAGCACACGCUGCUGCUGCUGGAAGUCUUUCCCGAGGAUGCCACCGUCUACAGCUGCGAAGCCAAGAACGACUACGGAGAGGCGACAAGCUCCGCCCCUCUCACUGUGGAAGUUCCUGAGGUGGUGGCUCCGGUCUCUGCUCCAGUCCUCAUCACUCCCAUACGGGACAUCCUGGUUGCUGUGGGACACCCUGCCCAGUUCCAGUGCACUGUCUCUGGGGAAGAUCUGCAGGUUUCGUGGUUCUGUAAUGACAGAGAGAUCAAACACUCAGACAUCUUCAAGAUGUCUCGUUAUGGCGACACCUGCCAGCUGGAGAUUUCCAGAGUUCUCCUCGACCACGAAGGAGAGUACUCAUGUGUCGCUGCAAAUUCCGCAGGAAUGGCCACGUGUGCGGCGACUUUGAAUAUCGACGUAACUGCAGUGGAGAAGGAACCUGUGAUUCAGGUCCAGGAGCAAGUGGAAGUGAAACCUGUGUUCAAGCACAGGAUUGUCCCUUUGGAGAUCAACAUUGGCAACACCGCCAAGUUUGAAUGUGAAACUGAGGAUGCUCCAAACGUGAGCUUCAAGUGGUUCAAAGAUGGACAGCCCAUCAAGGAGAGUGAUAAAUACAGGAUUAUCAGUCGCUUCAGCGUUUCCUCCCUGGAGCUUCUGACCCCAACCAAGGACGACAGCGGCGAAUACACCUGCAAGGCGUCCAAUCAGCACGGCAGCGAUGAAUGCUCCGCCUCUCUCAGUGUGACAGAGCGCAAAGUCCCUCCAAACUUCACCAAGAAGCCCUCCGAGUCCAUGGUGGACUCCGUGGGUAAGACGGUGAAGAUGGAGGGUCGGGUGUCUGGCUCCCAGCCACUGAGCAUCACGUGGUACAAGGACAACAAUGAAAUCUGUGCCUCUGACAAAUACGCCAUCAGCUUCGAGAACAACAUGGCUGUUCUGUCCGUCAGAGACUCCACCAGCUCUGACGCCGGGGUGUACAUCUGUGAGGCUUCCAACGAAGCCGGCAAAGCUUCGUGUCAGAUUUCUCUCACCCUUUCAGAAACUGGCCAGGCUCCUAAAUUUGAUGUCCGUCUGGAGCCGGCGACGGUGGGCGAGGGGGAGAAGCUGAGUCUCAAAUGCAAUGUCAGCGGCACUCCUCCACUGACCGUUCAGUGGAUGAAGGACAGGAGGGAGCUGAAGUCCGAUGGAAACACCAAAAUCACAUUUGUUGAUGGGACGCCCUGUCUAGAGGUCAGCCCAGUCUCAAAGACUGACGCAGGGGAUUACCUGUGCAAGGCCAGCAACGCUUCCGGCACUGACUUCUGCAAGUCCAGGGUCACUGUGAAAGACAAAGGAGUCAAGGCUACCCCCACUGAGGCCGCCACCCCAGCUGCAGCUGCUCCGGUCAAAAGGCUCGACAACCUGUUCUUCAUCGAGGAACCCAAAAAUGUUUCUGUCACAGAAAAGGGCACUGCAACCUUCAUCGCCAAGAUCGGAGGCGACCCAAUCCCGAGUGUGAAGUGGAUGAAGGGUAAAUGGAGGCAGAUCACUCCCGGCGGUCGUAUCUCCAUGGAGCACAAGGGCCAAGACGCCAAACUGGAGAUCAGAGAGGUGACCAAGUCUGACUCCGGUCUCUACAGAUGUGUCGCCACCAACAAGCAUGGAGAGAUUGAGUGCAGCGCUGAGAUGGAGGUCACCAAAAAGGAGGAAGCGGAAGGACUUGGAGAUUUAAGGACAAGGCUGAAGAAGACUCCCUCAAAGCAGAAGAGCCCAAAGAAAGAAGGAGAUAUCGAUAUCGUGGAGUUGCUGAGAGGUCACGACCCCAGAGACUACGAGAGGAUCCUGACGGAACAUGGAAUCCACGACUAUCGGGCCAUCCUGCAGGCUGUCGAGUUCCUGAAGAGGGAGAAGGAGAUAGAGACUGGAAGAGCGGAGGUGGAGCAUGGUGGGCGCGUUGAAGAGGAGGACAUGGCCCGGCUCAUCCAGCAGCUCGAGGGACGCGUCGGCACAGAGCCCGUCUCUGUCGUGGAAGACAUCACUGACCAGACGACAGCCGAGAGCCAGAGCGCCACCUUUGAGUGUCAAAUCAGGAUCAACUACCCGGAGAUCACCCUGACCUGGUACAAGAACACCCAGAAACUGGACAACAGCGACAAGUAUGACAUCAGCAGUGUGGGCGACCACCAUUACCUGAAGAUCAAGAACUGCCAGGUCAAGGACCAGGGCAACUACCGGGUGGUGUGUGGCCCUCAUAUCUCCAACGCCAAACUCACCGUCACGGGACCUGGUCGCAAAACAGAAGAGAAAAAACCUGUUGAAGAAAUUGUUGAGAGGACUCAGUUCGAGAGAAUAGAAGAAAUCCCCGCAGUUCCUGAGGUUUACAGGAGACCAGAGGAGAAACCCUCUGCUCCACCUCCAGCUCCACCCAAAGUACAUGAAGUGAAGAAGCCGCAGCCCGAGGUAACUGUUGCUGCUCCGCCUCAGAGGGAGGAACCUGCAGCCGCAGAAGUAUCUCCCCCAGAGGAGAAGAAGCCAUCUGCACCAGCAGUAAAGCCUCCACCUCCUCCUCCUCCUGCUUCUGCAGAAGAAGUCAGACCCCCUGCAGUGGAGAAAAAACCAUCUGUACCAGUACCAAAGCCUUCAGCUCCUGCUCCUCCUGCAGCCAGAGUUGCUCCUCCUGCAGAGGAAAAGAAACCAUCUCCACCAACACCAAAGCUUCCAGCAGAAAAAGUUGCUCCUCCUGCAGCUCAAGUUGCACCGGUGGAGAAGAAGCCCUCUCCGCCAGCUGUAAAGGCUGAACCCUCUCCGUUGUUGGAGGAAGUCCCUCCACCUGAAGACAAGGAACCAGUUUCAGCACCUGGACCAACUAAAGUGCCGCCUCUUAAGCAAAAGGGUAAGGGUCCUGUUCAGGAGGCAAAAACACCUGAAUCACCUAAGCUGUGGAGUAAAUUCACCAGAAUACCUAAAGAGAAAGAACCAGAACCAGAGGUCAUUAAGCUGAAGAAGGUACCGGUGAAACCUCCAGAGCCCGAGAAACAAGUUGUAACUCAUAAAGCUGAAGUGACGAGGCAUCACAAUCCAGAACUAAUAGUUCAUGGACUUCACGACAGAGAAGAUAGAGAGAUAAUAACACUUGGAAGAACUGAACAAGUCUUCACUGCAGAGGAGGAGACAGUUCAGUUGGGCCAUUUUGAGGAAGCUGAAAGGGUUGUAGUUGUAGAGGAAACAAAGAAAGAAGGUUGGAUGAGAACCCUAAAACCACAGAAAGAGAAUGAACCUGAGGCACCAAGUAUAGAUAAGAAGAAAAUAACUAAACUGCCAAAAGCGGAUGAGCAGAAAGAAUCAGUUAAACUAAAACCGUUUGAAAAAUCAGGGAAACCAGAAGAAGAACCACAGAAGAUCCAACUAAAAAAGGUUCCAACUAAGCCCAAAGAGUCUGAGAAGGAAGUCAUAACCCACAGAGUUGAUGUGACGAGACAUUAUGAUACAGAGCUAACAGUUCAGAAACUUCGGGAUAGAGAGGAUCGAGAAGUAAUAACACUCAGCAGAACUGAACAAGUCUUCACUGCAGCUGAAGAGGCAUCAGAACUGGGAUAUACAGAGGAGCCUGAAAAGCUCGAGGCAGAAGAAGAAAAAUCAAGGUGGAUAAGAGCCCCUAAAGCACAGAAAGAUAAGGAACCCGAACCAGAUUUAACUAAAAAGAAAAUCAAGAAAUUGCCAAAGCCAGAGGAUGAGCAAGAAGUAGUGACACUGAAACCAUUUGAAAAACCUCAGAAACCUGAGGCCACUGAACCUCCAGUAGCUAAGAAAGAAGGCGAAGCAAAGACAGAUACUGAGUGUACUCUGUUCACGAGAGGUGAGAUGCCACAGAGAGAUCAGCCCUCUGCUGCUUUAAAACACAAAAAAGAUGAAGAUGUUCCCCUGACAAGGUCAGAGGUCAUUCCUGGUGUCAGCAAAGACCAGACAGAGAUCCUGCAGAAGAAAAAGGCUGAUCAAGUACUGAAGGAUGAGGAACCUGUAGCUGCUGACAAGCUUCGUGGAAAACCUAAAGUUAUUUCCACACCAGAUAAAGAGAAAGAGCAGGUUGCAUUGAAGCCUUUCACCAAAGUUGCCAAGCCUGAAGAAAAGCCAGAAAAGACACCUGAAGAGGAGAAACAGAAGUCUGUGGACACAACAUUACCCUGUCGAACUCCAAGAGAUGAAACUCCAAAGGAGCCAAAAGAACAGCAGCUCAGGAAAGUUGAAAAGACUGCAACACCAAAAAAAGAGGAUGAGAAACCUCAGAAGAAAGACGAGCUAGCUGUUCGACCCGAGAAACCCAGUCCACCAGGAAAGAAGGAAGUGAACCAGCAGAAAGAAGCAGCUAAAGAGCUCCCACAAAAACAAACGGAACCCUUAAAAAAAGGUAUUGACCUCAAACAGACUCCAUCACCUCAAGUCGAGAAAGACAAGGUGGAAGAAGAAAAGUCCCUCAAACCUAUUGAGCAACUCAAGAAGGUUGAGCUUAAAAAGACACCAUCACCGAAAAUUGAUAAACCAAAGCCUAAGGAAAUGGAACAAGUCCCUGUCGAGAAGAAGCCAAGUGCUGAUAAACCCAAAAGGAUUCACAAAGCUGUUUCACCAAAAGACUCUAUUGAAGCUGUAACACUCAAAAAGGUCCCAAAGAAGCCGUCACCAGAGGAGGCUUCGGAAUCAGAAAAGCCCGGUAAAGGGAGGGUCCCCCUGGUGAAGGAGGUGUCUCCUGGAGCCGUGCAGAUGAAGAAGGUUCCCACCCAGCCGGAGGAGGAAGUAUUUGAAGAGGAGGCGGAAGAAAUGGAGGGCAAGGAAGAUGAGGAGGCCUGGGGCUGGGAGCUGGUCCCCUCGGAUGACUGGGAAGGUGAAGGGGUUGAUGGGGCAUUGGAGACUCCAGGCAUGCCUGGCGGUAAAAGAGAUGGAAAGCCGGCAGAGGAGCCAGCGAAAGGCAGAGGCCGAGGAUUUGGGGCAAGACAAACGCCAUCACCCGGAGAUGGUGGCAGGGGCCGGGGCCUGAGGCCUGGUGGAAAGGGCCCAUCUCCUCCAGAGGAGCCCUUCGGAGGAUUCAAGCUCAAAGCUGUCCCUCUGAAGUUCGUCAAGAAGCUUCAGGACAUUGUGUUGCAGGAGGCCGAGUCUAUUGGCUCGUCUGCUGUGUUUGAGUGUGAGGUCUCACCUUCCACUGCCAUCACUUCAUGGAUGAAAGAUGGCAGUAACCUGCGUGAGGGCCCCAAGCACAAGUUCACUUCUGACGGCAAAGAUCGCAAGUUGAACAUUAUUGAUGUCCAGCUGUCCGAUACUGGCGAAUAUACCUGUGUGGCCAAAAACGCUGGCAAGGAAAUAUCCUGCACAGCCAAGCUCAUUGUUGAAGAGCUGCCUGUGAAAUGGUUGAAAGAACUGGAACCAGAGACGACAUGUAUGAAGGGUCAGCCAAUGUACCUGACCUGUGAGCUGAACAAAGAGAGGGAUGUGACCUGGAAGCGUAACGGCGGGGUCCUGAAGAAACAGGCCGGGAAAGUGGCCAUUAAUAUUAUUGGCAUGCAGCACGCUGUGACCAUCCAGAACUCCACUGAUGACGAUGCUGGCACCUACACGUGUGAGGUGGACGGACAGGAGGACGUCAAGACCGCAACCAACGUCAAAGUGAUCGAGAUCAUCAAAGACUGGCUGGUGAAGCCUCUGAGAGAUCAGCAUGUGAAACCAAAGGCCAAGGCCACGUUCAAAUGUGAGCUCUUCAAGGACACUCCCAACUGGAAGUGGUUCAAAGGAGACAACGAGCUCACUCCCUCUGACAAGGUGGAGAUCAGCAAAGACGGAAAGGACGUGGCGCUGACCAUCAACAACUGCCAGCCGGACGACGUGUCGGAUUACACCAUCGAGGUUGAGGAUCGCAGAUACACUGCAAAACUGACACUUGGAGAGCGUGAAGCUGAGAUCCUGAAGCCUCUCUCCAGCCUGGAGGUGGUUGAGAAGGAGGAAGCCAACUUUGACACUGAAAUAUCUGAGGAUGAUGUAGCUGGCGAAUGGAAACUAAAAGGCCAAGUGCUGACCAGAUCUCCGACCUGUGACAUUAAAUCCGAGGGCAGGAAACGGUUCCUCACAUUAAAGAACGUGCACCUGGAUCAAGCUGGUGAAGUGUCGUAUCAGGCUCUGAACGCCAUCACCAGCGCCAUGCUCACCGUCAAAGAGGGCGACGCCGUCUUCGUGGUGAAGCUGCAGGACUACACCGCCACGGAGAAAGACGAGGUGACUAUGGACUGCGAACUGAGCAAAGACGUCCCCGUGGUUUGGUAUCACGAGGAGAAGGAGAUUGUCGCGUCCAAGAUGGUCGUCAUGAGGUCUGAGGGCACACGCCGGUCCCUGGUCCUGAAGAAGGUGGAGCAGAGUGAUAAAGGGAAAUAUGUAUGUGACUGUGGAACAGACAAGACCUCAGCCAACAUCAAUAUUGAAGCACGUGACAUCAAGGUGGUUCGGCCGAUUUACGGUGUGGAGCUGUUUGAUGGAGAGACGGCUCGUUUCGAGGUGGAGAUCUCCGAGGACGACGUCCACGGCCAGUGGAAGCUGAACGGAGACAUCCUCAGUCCUUCAUCUGAUGUUGACAUCAUUGAGGAGGGAGGCAAGCACACACUGAUUCUGUACAACUGCAAAGUCUCCAUGACAGGCGAGGUGGCGUAUGCUGCCGCUAACGCCAAAUGUUCUGCAAACCUGAAGGUCAAAGAACUUCCUCUGAACUUCCUGACGCCGCUGAGCGACGUGCAGGUGUACGAGAAGGACGAGGCGAGGUUUGAGGUGGAGGUGUCGAGAGCCCCGAAGAGUUUCCGCUGGCUGAAAGGCUCGCAGGAGCUGCAUAGCGACGACAAGUACAAGAUGAUCCAGGAGGGGAACAUGUACAUCCUGUUGAUCCAAUCGGCCGCCUACGACGACGAGGCGAAGUACAUGUUUGAGGCUGAGGACAAAAGGACGGUCGGCAAACUCGUCAUACAGGGUAUUCGUCUGGAGUUUGUCAAACCAAUUAAGGACGUGACGGUGAAGGAGCGCGAGACAGCCGAGUUCAGCGUUGAACUGUCGCACGACAAGAUCCCAGUGGUCUGGUACAAAAACGACGUCCGUCUGCUCCCCAGCAAGGUGGUGCACAUGAUGGAUCACGAAAAGAUCCACACGCUGGCCUUCAAGGAGGUCACCAUCGACGACACAUCCAUGAUCAAAGUGGAGGCCAUGGACAAGUCCGUCACCGCCAUGCUCACCGUCAUCGAGGGCGACCUGUACUUCACCACCAAGCUGCAGAACUACACGGCCGUGGAGAAGGACGAGGUGAAGCUGGUCUGUGAACUGAGCAAGGCCAUUGCCGACGUCAAAUGGUUCAAGGACGGGAAGGAGAUCACUCCCUCCAAAAACAUCGCCAUCAGCGCAGACGGCAAGAAGCGCAUCCUGACCGUCAGGAAGGCGGAGAAGGCGAACAUCGGAGAGUACACCUGCGACUGUGGCUCAGACAAAACCACUGCAAACCUCAACAUUGAAGAGCGUGACAUCAAGGUGGUUCGUCCACUGUACAGUGUUGAGGUCACAGAGACGGAGACGGCCAAGUUUGAGACUGAGAUUUCAGAGGAGGACGUCCACGGGAACUGGAAACUGAAGGGAGAAGCUUUGCACCAGUCUGCUGAUGUUGAGAUUAAAGAGGAAGGAACCAGACACAUGCUGAUCCUCUAUAAUGUCCGAAUGGACAUGGCAGGGGGUGUGGACUUCUCUGCAGCCAACGCCAAAUCCAACGCUCAGCUCAGAGUGAAAGCUCGGUCCAUCGGGCUGAUGCGUCCUCUGAAGGACGUGACGGUGACCGCCGGAGAGACGGCGACCUUUGAGUGUGAGCUGUCGUACGAAGGCAUCGCAGUGGAGUGGUUGCUGGGAGGACAGAAGAUGGAGGCCAGUGAGCGGGUAAAGACUCGUGUGGCAGGUCGGGUUCAUGCUCUGACUGUCAGAGAUGUGAAGCUGUCGGAGGCCGGCGAGGUCAAACUGACAGCUAAAGACUUCCAGACUCAGGCGCAGCUCAUUGUCAGAGAGCCGCCGGUGGAGUUCACAAAGCCUCUGGAGGACCAGACGGUCGAGGAGGAAGCCACCACCACACUGGAGUGUGAAGUUUCCAGAGAGAACGCAGAGGUACGAUGGUUCAGAGAAGGCCAGGAGAUAAGAAAGACCAAGAAGUACGACACGAUUGCUGACGGCCGCAAGAGAGCGCUGGUCAUCCACAGCUGCGCUCCGGACGACGCCAAGAUGUACACAUGUGAUGCCAAAGAGUUCAAGACUUCCUGUUUCCUGGAGGUUACACCUCCUCAUGUGGAGUUUACAAAGCCUCUGCAGGACGUGGAGGUCAGAGAAAAGGAAUCUGCCAAGUUUGAAUGUGAAGUGUCCCGCGAGUCCGCCAAGGUUCGCUGGUUCAAGGACGGCAGCGAGAUCAGGAAAGGAAAGAAGUACGAGAUCAUCGCUAAGGGAGUCCAGAGGAUCCUCAUCGUCCACAAGUCGGUGUUCGACGAUGAGGCUGAGUACGAAUGUGAUGCCAGAACCUCCAAGACCUCCGGCAUGCUCACUGUCAUCGAGGAGGCAGCCAGGUUCACCAAGAACCUGUCCAACGUGGAGGGGACGGAGACAGACAGUGUGAAGAUGAUCUGUGAGGUGUCGAAGGCCGGCGCUGAGGUCAUCUGGUACCGAGGAGAUGAAGAGCUGCCAGAGGGCGGCCGCUACGAGCAGAUCAUGGACGGGCGCAAGAGGAUCCUGAUCAUCCAGGAUCUGAGGAUGGAGGAUGCCGGAGAGUACAACUGCAGGCUGAGUCCCACUGUCAAGACGUCUGCCACCCUCAAACUCAACGAAUUGGCGGCAGAGUUCAUUGCCCGUCCUCAGAACCAGGAGGUGGUGGAGGGUGAGAAAGCAGAGUUCGCCUGCUCUGUCUCCAAAGAAACCUACGAGGUGAAAUGGUUCAGAGGUGACAAGGAAGUCGACGCCGGGGACAAGUACACCAUCAUCAGCGAAGGAAAGAGAAGGGCUCUUAUUGUGAAAAACUGUGAACUGAAGGACGAGGGAGGCUACGUUGCUCACAUUGGCAGCGUUAAAGCCUCAGCUGAUCUGUUUGUGAUUGAAAAACUGAGGAUCAUCACGCCGAUUAAAGACACCGAGGUGAAGGAGGGAAGCGAAAUUGUGUUCAACUGCGAGACGAACACGGAGGGAGCGAAGGCCAAGUGGCUGAGGAAUGAGGAGACCAUAUUUGAGAGCAGCAAGUACAUGAUGGCUCAGAGGGACAACGUCUUCUCCCUGAGGAUCAGAGAUGCCCAGAAGGCUGAUGAGGCCAGCUACACCAUCAGCCUGACCAAUCAUAGAGGAGAGCAGGCCAAGUGCACCGCCAGCGCUAAAGUCGCAGAGGAGAAGCUGAAGUUCCUGGAGCCCAUCGAGGACAUAGAGACCCAGGAGAAGAAAACCAUCAGCUUCAUUUGUAAAGUGAACCGGCCCGAGGUGACGGUGAGGUGGCUGAAGGCUGGCCAGGAGGUGACGUUCAGCAAACGUAUCGUCUACAGAGCUGACAACCUAAAACACACCUUGACCAUCAAGGACUGCAUCAUGGACGAUGAGGGGGAGUACACCGCCGUGGUUGGAGACGACAAGUGUGCAGCAGAGCUGAUCAUCAGCGAGGCGCCGACGGACUUCACCGCACAGCUCAAAGACCAGACCAUCACCGAGUUUGAGGACGCUGAGUUCACUUGCAAGCUGAGCAAGGAGAAGGCUGUCGUCAAGUGGUACAGGAACGGACGAGAGAUCAGAGAAGGACCCAGAUAUCACAUGGAAAUGGAAGGAAAGACAUGCAGACUGAUCAUCAAGGUGUGCAGACCUGAUGAUGAAUGUGAAUACGCCUGUGGUGUAGAUGAGAGAAGGACCAGAGCAAGACUCUUUGUUGAAGAGACCCCAGUAGAGAUUGUCAGACCUCCCCAGGACAUGUUUGAACCUCCGGGCUCAGACAUUGUGUUCGAGGUGGAGCUCAACAAGGACAGAGUGGAAGUGAAGUGGAUGAGGAACAAUAUGAUCAUCGUCCAGGGGGACAAAUACCAGAUGAUUAGUGAGGGUAAAGUCCACAGACUGCAGGUCUGUGAGAUCAGACCCCGAGACCAGGGAGAGUACAGGAUUGUGGCCAAAGACAAGGAUGCCCGAGCCAAGCUGGAACUGGCAGCUGUUCCCAAGAUCAAAACCACCGACCAGAAUCUGGUGACAGAUGCGGGUAAACCCUUCGUCAUGAGUGUGCCCUAUGAUGCUUACCCCCGUGCUGAUGCCGAGUGGUUCUUUGAGGGUACUAGUCUGCCCAUCCAGAACAUCGACACCUCUACCGACAAGACCGAGUACCGCCUUAAGAGCCCCACCAAGGAGGACCAGGGCCGGUACAAAGUGGUCAUCAAGAACAAGCAUGGCGAAGGAGAAGCAUUCAUCACCCUAGAUGUGAUUGAUGUCCCGGGACCUGUCAAGAACCUGAGAGUGGUCGACACCGCUGACGGUGAGGUCAGUUUGGCCUGGGAGGAGCCUGAGAGCGAUGGUGGAAGCAAGAUCAUUGCUUAUGUUGUGGAAAGACGUGACGUGAAACGUAAGACGUGGACUCUAGCAACAGAUCGCGCCGAUACUCCAGAAUACUGUGUCAGCAGCCUCCAGAAGGACUCCAUGUACCUGUUUAGAGUCUGUGCCCGAAACAGAGUCGGCAGUGGACCUCUUGUUGCCACAGAAGAUGCUGUCCAGGCCAAGAACAAGUUUGAUGUUCCUGAUGCUCCAGAAAACGUUGCAGUAGCCAAUGUGAACAGGUUUGGCGCCACUGUCACCUGGGAGCCUCCCCAGUUUGACGGCGGCUCCGAGAUCACCGCCUACGUGAUUGAGCUCCGUGACAGGACCUCGGUGAAGUGGGAGGCAGCCAUGGUCUGUGGUGCAAACGACCGUUCGGCCACGUUGAAUGACGUGGUGGAGAACAAGGAGUACAUCUUCAGAGUCCGAGCAGAGAACAAGGCAGGCAUUGGCAGGCCCAGCACCGCCACAAACCCUGUCAAGAUCAUGGAUCCCAUUGAGAGGCCAAGCCCACCGCUGAACCUGAACUUCAGCGACCAAAUCAAGUCAGCGGUCACAUUGACUUGGGAGACGCCCACCAGCAAUGGUGGCAGCAUGAUCACCGGCUACAUCAUCGAGAAAUGUGACGAAGGCACUGACAAGUGGCUCCGCUGCAAUGCCAGGCUGUGCCCAGACCUCUCCUACCGGGUGUCUGGUUUGAAACCUGGACAGAAGUACCUCUACAGAGUUUGUGCUGAGAACGCUGCUGGCAUCUCCGAUCCAGCCGAGCAGCUUGGACCACUGCUCGCUGACGACCCUCAUGUCGGUCCGACCUUUGACCUCAGUGCCUUUAGGAACGGCCUGGAAGUGAUUGUCCCUCAGCCUCUCACCAUCAGAGUCCCGAUCACCGGAUACCCGACCCCUGUUGCCAAGUGGACCUUUGGUGAGAAGGAGCUCACUACCGAGGAUGAGCGUGUCUCUAUGGUGACGAAGCCCACAUACACGGAGCUGACGGUCACACCGAGCGUACGUCCAGACAAAGGCACCUACACCCUGCAUCUGGAGAAUGACGUUUCUUCUGUCUCUGGAGAGAUUGAAGUCAAUGUCAUCGCAUGCCCCAGUGCUCCCAAGGACUUCAAAGUGGCUGAGGUGACACGACACCACGUCCACCUGAUGUGGGAGGCUCCGGAGCACGAUGGAGGAAGUCCAGUCACCCACUACCAGAUUGAGAAGAGAGAAGUGUCUCGUAAGACCUGGGCCAAGGUGGCUACUGGCGUUCUGGACCUGGAGCACACCGUAACGGAUGUAAUUGAAGGAAAGGAGUAUCUGUUCAGUGUAACUGCCUGCAACAAGUGUGGGCCUGGAGAGCCGGCCUACAUCGAUGAGCCCGUUAAUGUCUCCUCUCCUGCCACUGUACCCGAUCCUCCCGAGAACCUGAAGUGGCGUGAUAAGAGUGCCAAGACAAUCUUCCUGUCCUGGGAGCCUCCAAAGUAUGAUGGUGGUGCACCAAUCAAAGGCUACGUGGUGGACAAGUGUCAGCGUGGUACGGACAAGUGGGAACCAUGCGGUGACCCCAUCCCCGAACUGAAGUUCCAGGUGACCGGCCUGAUCGAGGGUCAGUGGUACGCAUACAGAGUCAGGGCUUUCAACAAGCUGGGAGCCAGCCGACCCUGCAGGGCCACCGAUGAGAUCCAGGCUGUGGACGCUAAAGAGCCUCCAGAGAUUCAGCUGGACGUGAAGUUGCUGGCUGGUCUGACAACCAGGGCCGGUACCAAGAUUGAGCUGCCCGCUGAUGUCAAAGGAAAGCCCGAUCCCCGGGUGAAAUGGACCAAGGCGGACCUGGUCCUACGGGCCGACAACCGCAUCACCAUUGACACCCAGCCAGGACACUCCAAGCUGUCCAUCGCCAGCACCACCAGAGGAGACACUGCCACCUACAUCAUUGAGGCGGUGAACACCUGUGGACGCGCCACUGCCACCAUCGAUGUCAACAUCCUUGAUAAACCCGGCCCUCCAGCCGCCUUUGACAUCUCUGAGAUCACCAACGAGUCAUGUGUCAUGGCCUGGAACCCUCCCAGGGAUGACGGAGGCUCACCCAUCACCAACUACAUUGUGGAGAGUCGCCAGACAGACAAAGAGGAAUGGGUGAAGCUGUCGGCCACAGUGAAACACACCACCUUCAAAGCCUGCAAGCUCAUAGCUAUGAAGGAGUACAUCUUCAGGGUCAGCGCUGAGAACCAGUAUGGUAUUGGCGAACCUGCAGAGCAUGUGCCAAUCAUUGCAAAGUAUUCUUUUGAUCCUCCUGGUCCUCCAACCAGAGUCACUCCCUCUGACAUCGCCAAGGACGCCGUGACUCUGACCUGGUUUGAGCCAGAUGAGGAUGGCGGCAGUCCCAUCACUGGAUACUGGAUUGAGAAGUUUGAUCCAGAGAGCGACAAGUGGAUCAGAUGCAACAAACUGCCUAUCAAGGACACAACUUUCAGGGUGAAGGGACUCCCCACCAAGAAGAAGUACCGCUUCCGUGUUCUGGCUGAGAAUCUGGCUGGACCUGGAAAACCAAGCGCAGAGACUGAUCCCGUGCUCAUCAAGGAUCCCAUCGAUCCUCCAUGGGCUCCUGGUAAACCUGUCAUCAGGGACAUCGCCAAGACCUCGGCUCUGCUGGCGUGGACCCGGCCGGAGCAUGACGGCGGGGCUAAGAUUGAAGGCUACAUCAUUGAGUUCCAGAAGACCGGAAGUGAGGAGUGGAUCCGGAUUGCAGAGGACAUUCCUCAGACCGAGCACCAGCUGCAGGGUCUGAUGGAAAAGCAGGAGUACUCGUUCAGGGUCAAGGCCGUCAACAAGGCCGGCGAGAGCGAACCCAGUGAGCCCAGCGACCCUGUGGUCUGCAAGGAAAGACUUUACCCACCAUCAGCUCCUCAGUGGUUGGAGGUGGCCAACAUCACCAAGAUCAAUGCUGACCUGAAGUGGCAGGCUCCCAGCAGUGAUGGAGGCUCACCCAUCACCAACUAUGUGGUAGAGAAACGGGACGUGAGGCGGAAGGCCUGGCAGGCUGUCGACACCACCGUCAAGGAGCUCAAGUACAGUGUGACGCCCCUCAACGAAGGAUCGCUGUACGUGUUCCGUGUUGCUGCUGAGAACGCCAUUGGGAUGAGCGAAUUCUGCGAAUUGGAGGAUGCUGUGCUCGCCAAGGACACUUUCACAACUCCUGGACCUCCUUAUGCCCUGACAGUGGUGGAGGUCACCAAGAGGCACGUGGAACUGAAAUGGGAAGCUCCCAAGAGCAAUGGAGGAAGACCUAUUACCAAGUAUGUGAUUGAGAAGAAAGAGAAGCUUGGAACUCGUUGGCUGAAGUGCUGCAAGACUCCAGACAAACAGACUCAGUUCAAGGUCACAGAUGUGGACGAAGGGUCUGAGGUUCAGUUCCAGGUCAGAGCUGAGAACGAGGCCGGAGUUGGAGAUCCGAGCGAACCCACCGAGAUCCUCACGAUUGAGGAUCCAACCAGCGCUCCAUCUCCUCCUCUUGAAGUGACCAUCCCCGAUGCCAGCAGGGAGCACAUCAACGUCACCUGGAAGCCCCCAGCCAAGGACGGUGGCUGCCCGAUCACCGGCUACCACGUUGAGGUGGCAGAGGCCCGCCCAGAGCUGAAGUGGCUUAGGGUCAACAACAGACCCAUCAAGGAGCUCAAGUUCAGGAUUGAUGAUGGAAUCAAACCAGAGAAGAAGUAUGUUAUUAGAGUUCGUGCCAUCAACUCUGUUGGCGUGAGCGAUGCCUCUGAGAUCUCAGACAAGGUCUUCACCAAGGAUCCUGACUGUGCUCCAACUAUGGAUUUGGAGGCACAGGACGUUGUUGUGGUUGAGGGCGAGAAGCUGCACCUGAAUAUCCCCUACAGAGCAAUCCCAACUCCUAAGAUGGUGUGGCAGAAGGAUACCGUGGAGUGUAAGGCUGACGACCGGCUGUCCAUGACAGUGGAGAUGAACAGCGCUCACCUGGAGCUACUCAAGUGCACACAUGCUGAUGCCGGCGCCUAUGCCAUCACCCUGGAGAACAGUCUGGGAGCUGCCACUGGGACUGUCAAUGUCAAAGUCAUCGGACUCCCCGGUCAGUGUAAAGGUAUCACCUCCAGCGAUGUCACCAAAAACUCCUGCAAGAUCAGCUGGGAAGCCCCAGAGAACGAUGGCGGUACCCCUAUCGUGAGCUACACAUUGGAGCGCCGCGAGGCCUCCAAGAAGACCUACAUGCCUGUCAUGUCGGGAGAGAACGUCCUGACUUGCACCGUCAAAGACCUCUUUGUCAACUGUGAGUAUUACUUCAGAGUGAAGGCCGUCAACAAGGUCGGAGCUGGAGAAUAUCUGGAGCUACAGAACCCAGUCAUCACAGAGGAAAUCAAACAGAAACCAGACCCCCCCAUCCAGGUGGAGGCUCACGACCCUACAUCCAAGUCCAUCACAGUCACAUGGAAGGCUCCGGACUAUGACGGCGGCUGCCCCAUCCAGGGCUACAUUGUGGAGAAGAUUGAGAAGGACGGCGACCGCUAUGAGAGGGUCACCCCGAGCCUGGUUCCUGGUUUCUCCUACGUAGUGACAGGCCUGAAGGAGGACAUGGAGUAUCAGUUCAGGGUUCGAGCUGAGAACGCUGCAGGUGUCAGCGAGCCGUCACGUAGUACGCAGCUUGUUAAGGCGGCAGACCCUGUUGAGAAACCAAAGGUCACGCUCCACGCCCGUGUGCAGUCUGGUUUGUGCAUUAAGAAGGGUGAGGAGAUUCGCAUCGAUGCCUACAUCUCUGGGUCUCCGUAUCCCAAAGUCACCUGGCUGAAGAAUGACGAGGACGUCACCAAAGAGCCAACCAAAAAGAUUAUCCCUGUGGUCAAGAGGAAGACCAAGAGCAAGGUUCCAGAACCAGAGGAGGAGUUUGUGACUCCAUUGCGUGAGCGUCUGGGUCUGGAUCAAACCAAGAAGGGCCAGUCAGCGCUGAUGAUCCGUGACGCAGUCAGAGUCGACCAUGGAAACUUCACCAUCAAGGUGGAAAACACGCACGGUGUUGCCACCGCGUCCUGCUUCGUCAAUGUCCUUGACAAACCCAGCGCUCCAAUCAACUUCACCUUUGACGAGAUAAGGAACACCUCUGUCAUCUGUAACUGGGAGCCUCCUGAGGAUGAUGGCGGCAGCGAGAUCCUGAACUACAUCCUGGAGAAAAAGGACAACAAGAACGAUGAGAUCGGCUGGAUCACCGUCACCUCCACCCUGAAGGGCACCAGCUGCCCCGUCACCAAGCUCAUCGAAGGGAAGGAGUACAUCUUCAGAGUCACGGCCGAGAACAAGUACGGCUGUGGGCCAGCUUGCAUCUCUGAGCCCCUGGUUGCCAAGAACCAGUUCAAUCCUCCUGAUGCUCCCAACACUCCCAGAGUCCACGAGGUGACGGCGAGCACUGCCCACAUCUCCUGGCACGAGCCAAAGGACAACGGAAGCCCUAUUCUGGGCUACUGGAUCGAGAGGAAGGAGGUGAACAGCAAACACUGGACCCGAGUGAACCGAGCCCUCCUCAACUCCCUGGAUGUGAAGAUCACCGGCUUGAUGGAGGGACUCACCUACAUCUUCAGAGUGUGUGCUGAGAACUUGGCCGGGCCCGGGCCCUUCAGCGAGCCCACCGACCGCAUCGUCACCAUGGACGCCAUUUUGCCUCCUGGCCCCCCGACUCCAUGGAUCGUAGACACCGGGAAUGACUCCGUCAUCGUGGCCUGGAAGCCCCCGCUGUACAACGGUGGAGGAGACAUCCUGGGAUACCACGUUGAGAAGGUUUUGGCCGGAGAGAAGGAGUGGACUCGGAGCACAGAGUUCAGGUGUAAAGAGCUGACGUACACCGUGACAGGCCUGACGGAGGGAGCAGAUUAUUAUAUCCGUGUCAUUGCUGUCAACGACGCUGGUCCUGGAGCUCCUGGAAUUACCGAACCUGUCACUGUCAAAGAGCCUCAAGAACCUCCUGCAGUGGACUUUGACGCAUCUGUGAAGAACGGCGUUCUCAUCAGAGCGGGUGAGUCUCUGAGGCUUCCUGCUGUGGUGACCGGACGACCCCAGCCGGAGGUCAAGUGGGCCAAAGAUGAGGCCGAAAUCGACAAAGAGAGGAUGAUCGUGGAGACGGAAGGCAAGAACAGUACGCUGUUCAUCAAGAAGGCUGUGAGGGCGGAUCACGGAAAGUACCAGAUCUCUGGCACCAACAGCAGUGGGACCAAGACCGCUGAGACCAGAGUGGACGUUAUGGAUGUACCUGGACCGGUGGUCGACUUGAAGACGGUCAUGGUGACCAAGAAGAACAUCACUCUAACCUGGUCCGACCCCUUGGACAAUGGUGGCAGUGACAUAGUUGGCUAUGAGGUGCUGAGGAAGGAUGCCAAGAUGAAACUCUUCCGCCAGCCCAUCGAGACAGCAUCUUGUAAGUGUGAUGUCCAGGGCCUUCUGGCCGGUGAGGAAUACGACUUUAGGGUCAUUGCACGGAACAAGUAUGGUGAUGGCGCUCCGGCUGACCUGGGACCCAUCUUGGCUGAGGAUCCUAAAGGUACUCCAUCUGCCCCUGAAAAGCUGCACUACACUGACAGGAGUAAGAGCACCAUCACUCUGGCCUGGCAGCCACCGCGCACCGAUGGCGGCAGCCCAAUCAGAGGGUACUAUGUGGAGAAGAUGAGGUCUGAUGGCACUGAGUUUGAAGUGGCCAACCGCAAGAUCUUCACUGAGUGCUGCGGGACCAUUGAGAACCUCUCAGAGAACCAGGAAUACCAGUUCCGUGUCAAGGCCGUGAACGAGGUCGGGGACGGAGAUGCAUCCAAGCCAAUAACCGCCAAGAUCCAGGACGAUGAAAUUGCUCCUGUUAUUACAAUCCUGAAGUUCUUCAAGAGCAACGCCAUCAUCGUGAGGAAAGGUUCAGCCAUCGACAUCCCAGCGGAGGUGAAGGGGCUUCCUCUGCCAACGAUCCAGUGGAUGAAGGACGACCAGGUGAUCGAGAAGCCUGAUGAGGAGAAGAUGACAAUGGAGACUGAGGAGGUUAACCGGACAACUCUGAACACAAAGAUCGCCAUCCCAGAAACCAUCAGGCAGGACACGGGCAGCUACAAGCUGGUGGCCGAAAACUGCUAUGGCAAAGCUCAGCAUGUCAUUAGAGUCGAGAUCCUCGACCGUCCUCUUCCUCCAAGGAACAUCGUGGUCUCAGACAUCAAGGCAGACUCGUGCUACCUGACCUGGGACGCCCCAGAGGACAACGGAGGAAGUGAAAUCACCAACUACAUCGUGGAGCGCAGAGACGCCAGCAAAAAGAAGUCUGACUUUGACGUUCUCACCAUUAACCUCAUUGACAGGAGAUACGGGGUCUACAAACUGGACUUGAACGGCACCUACCAGUUCAGGAUCAAAGCUGAGAACAAGUACGGCGUUAGUGAUGGCUGUGACUCAGAGAAAGUCCAGCUUAGGGAUCCAUUCGGCCUCCCUGGACCACCACGUAACCCCAAGAUCAUUGCCGCCACAGCAACCACCAUGACUCUGACCUGGGAACCUCCUCUGGACAACGGUGGCUCCACCAUCCAGGGAUACUGGCUGGAGAAGAGGGAGCGCGGUGCUGUGUACUGGGGUCGUGUCAACCGAGCUCCGGUCACCAAACCAGCGGUGAAGGGUCUGCAGUACACUGUGCUCAGACUCAUUGAAGGUACGGAGUACCAGUUCAGGAUCGCAGCCUGCAACGCUGCAGGAGUUGGACCACCCAGUGAGGCCACUGAGUGCCGCUUCGCCGUGGAUCCAUGCAAUCUUCCAAGCCCACCUGGAAGCCCCGAGGUUAAAGACAAGACCAAGAGCAGUAUCACUCUCACCUGGAGUCCACCUGACAAAGAUGGUGGUAGCCCCAUCAAGGGUUACAUCAUUGAGGUCCACGAGGAGGGCUCUCCUGAUUGGAGGAGGGUGAACCCCGCUGACAAGCUGCACCCAUCCACUGAAAUCACCGUCCCCGACCUGAAGGAGGGCAAAAAGUGCAAGUUCAGGAUCUAUGCCGUGAAUGCCGCGGGCAACUCAGAGCCCGCCAAGACAGCCGACACCCUGGUUCAGGACAUCCUGAUUGAGCCGACUCUGACUCUGGACGUGAGCGCCCACGAUCUGAUGAACUGCAGAGCAGGAACAACCAUCAAGAUUCCCGCCACCAUCACCGGACGACCUGUCCCUAAGGUCACCUGGACCUUCGAUGGGACCGCUGAGACUGAGAAGAAGAAUGAACUUCACACUCUGCCUGUCGACUCAGAGAUCCACUCCACCGACACGACCUCUGUGGUUGUGAUCCCAGUCAGCAAACUGAACCACAGUGGCCGAUACAUCAUCAACGCUGAGAGUCCCGCAGGCCACAAAGUAGUCAAAGUCAGAGUCAACGUGCUCGACCUGCCUGGACCUCCGAGAGACCUGAAGGUGAGUGACGUGACGAGGGGAACCUGCAGGCUCACCUGGAAAGCCCCAGAGUGUGACGGAGGCGACAGGGUGAAGAGCUACUUCAUUGAGAAGAAGACAGUGGAGGGCAAAGCCUGGACCAAGGUAAACCCAGCCUGUUCUGCUCAGUCCCUGGUGGUUCCAGACCUCAUAGACGGUCAGGAGUACCUGUUCCGCAUCCGUGCUGAGAAUCGCUUUGGGUUCAGCCCGUACAUCGAGACCAUCCAGAGAACCAAAGCCAGGGAUCCCAUCCAUCCUCCCGAUCCUCCAACGAGGUUGAAGAUCCAGAGCGUGAGGAAGGGCACUGUGACUCUGACCUGGAAGGCUCCGAAGAACGACGGUGGUUCACCCGUCACCCACUACAGUGUGGACCUGCUCUGUUGGGAUGCCAGUGGCACCCAGAAGGAGUCCUGGAGGAGGUGUAACAGGAGAGACGUGGACACCACAAGUUUCAAAGUGGAGGAUCUGACGGAGGGAGACGAGUAUGAGUUCAGAGUGGUGGCUUACAAUGAGGUUGGAGCUAGCCGACCUUCAUCCACUGCUGGACCCAUCCUCAUCCAGGACCAGACCUGUGCUCCAUCCAUUGAGCUUAAGGAGUUCAUGGAGGCCGAGCAGGGCAGCGACAUCAGCAUUGUGGCCAAGAUCCGUGGCUGUCCAUUCCCGACGCUCACCUGGUACAAAGCCCCGCCCCACAAGUCUGACGACAAGGUGGAGGUUCAGUACGACGAGCACAUCAACAAGACCGUGUCAGACGACAGCUGCACGCUGCUCAUCCAGCAGGGCAAACGUCCCGACACUGGCCUGUACACGCUGGUGGCCUCCAACAGCCUCGGCAAGGCCUCCAAGGAGAUGAGACUCAACGUGCUUGGCCGGCCCGGUCCUCCCUCUGCUCCCAUUAAGUUUGAGGAGGUCGGAGCCGAGAGGAUCACGCUCUCCUGGCUGCCGCCGAGGGACGACGGUGGCUCCAAAGUCACAAACUACGUCAUCUGGAGGCGGGUGGCUAACAGGAAGACCUGGGUGCCUGUCACCAACGAGCCCAAAGACCGAAUCUGGACUGUGGAGAACCUGAUGGAGGGACACGAGUACGUUUUCCGCAUCAUGGCCCAGAACAAGUAUGGAGUUGGAGAACCACUGGACAGCGAGCCCGAGGUCGCCCGAAACCGCUACACCGUACCCGGUCAGUGCGAGAAGCCAACGGUCACCAGUGUCACCAUGGACUCCAUGACUGUUAACUGGGAGGAGCCCGAGGAUGAUGGCGGCACUCCAAUCACCGGCUACUGGCUGGAGCGUAAGGAGACAACAGGCAAACGCUGGGCCCGUGUCACCCGUGACCCCAUCCGUCCCAUGGGUAUGGGCGAGACGUUUGUGGUGAGCGGACUCAUUGAGGGCUCCCAGUAUCUGUUCAGAGUCUCCGCCAUCAAUGCUGCAGGACCCGGACUUGCCAGCCCCCCCACGGACCCCAUCUUUGCCAGAGACCCCAUCUCUCCACCUUCUCCUCCAACCCCCAAGGUUUCUGAUUGGACAAGGUCCACAGUAGACCUGGAGUGGAUCCCUCCUCUAAAGGACGGAGGCUCCAAGAUCCUGGGCUACUGGGUGGAGUACAAGGAGGAGGGCACAGAGGCCUGGGUCAAGGCUAAGGAGACUGAAAUCCGUAUCACCCGGUUUGUGAUCACUGGUCUGAAGACUGGCGGUCAGUACAGGUUCAGGGUAAUCGCCUUCAACGCUGCCGGUAACGGCGAGCCAGGCGAAGUCCCAGAGGUGCUUGAGGUCAACGACAGAACCAUUGCUCCUGAGGUUGACCUGGACGCCUCAGUGAAGGAGAGGAUGGUGGUUCAUGCCGGUGGUGUGAUCCGCAUCAUCGCCUAUGUGUCAGGCCAGCCGUCCCCAGAGGUCACCUGGAGCAGAGAUGGAGCUGCCCUGCCUCCUGAUGCUACAGUGGAGACGACAGCCAUUAGCUCGUCUCUGGUUAUCAAACCCUGUGCCAGGAAACAUCUUGGUGUCUACACACUGACUGCCAAGAAUGCUGGAGGGGAGAAGACGAAGAAUGUCACUGUGGAAGUUCUGGACGUGCCUGGGCCUGUCGGUAUCCCCUUAACAGUGGAGAACUUGAGCAGUGAGUCCUGCAAGAUCAACUGGUUCUUCCCGGAGAACGAUGGAGGCUCUCCCAUCAGUAACUACAUCAUUGAGAAGCGCGAGGCAGAGCGUAAGGCUUGGACCUCACUCUCCUUCACUGCCAGCAGACAGAACGCUGUGGCUCACGGCCUCACCACCGGAAAGUCCUAUUUCUUCAGAGUGGCUGCCGAGAAUGCCAUUGGCAUUGGACCCUUCAUGGAGACCGCAGCUGAGAUUGUGAUCAAGGAACCCAUCACUGUACCAGACCGCCCUGAGGAGCUGGAGGUCACCAAGGUCACCAAGGACUUGAUCAGUGUCACCUGGAAGGCGCCAAAAUAUGACGGCGGCUCAGAGAUCACCAUGUAUAUCUUGGAGGCACGUAUGAUCGGCAAAGACAAGUUUACCAGACUGACGAAAGAUAAGCUGAUGGAGAGGAAGUACACCUAUGACGGUCUGAGGGAGGGCGACACCUACGAGUUCAGGGUCAUGGCUGUCAAUGAAGUCGGACCCAGUAAACCGUCGUUCAGCACCAAACCAAUCACCUGCAAGGAUGAACUUGAGCCACCGACCAUUGAGCUGGACUUCCGUGAUAAGAUCAUCAUCCGUGUGGGUGAGAGCUGCUUGCUGCAGGGCCGCUAUACCGGAAAACCUUCCCCAUCCAUUGUGUGGUACAGAGAUGACAAGGAGCUGAAGGCCGACAAGCAUGUUAUGUUCAAGAACACGCUGACCACCAUGUCACUGGGCCUGAUAAAGGCACAGCGCGAGCACAGUGGCAGAUACGUGGUGGUGGUGGAGAACAGUACCGGAUCCAGGAAGGGAGUCUGCAAUGUCACGGUUGUCGACCGUCCAACUCCUCCUGUUGGCCCAGUGGUAUUUGAAGAGGUUCACAGGGAGUACAUGGUCAUCUCCUGGAAACCUCCUUUGGACAGCGGCGGCGUGGACGUCUCCAACUACAUCAUCGAGAAGAGAGACACCAACAGAGAUAUCUGGACCACAGUGACAUCUGCCACAACCAAGACCACGUGCAAGAUCCCCAAACUGACCGAGGGCAGGGAGUACAUCAUGAGAAUCUCUGCUGAGAACAUGUACGGCAUCAGCGACCCACUGGAGUCUGAGGAGAUGAGAGCCAAAGAUCUCUUCAGAGUCCCUGAGGCCCCUGAAAUGCCAACGGUCAGGGAGGUGUAUGCCACCAAUGCUCUUGUACUGUGGAACCGCCCUCGUGACGGUGGGAAGCCCAUUACCAACUACAUCCUGGAGAAGAAGGAGCCCACAGCCAAGAGGUGGUCCAGAGCCACGAGAGACCCACUGUAUCCAGCCACCCAGUACCGAGUCCAGGACCUUGUGGAGGGCUGCGAGUACGAGUUCAGGGUGAUGGCUGAGAAUGAGCUGGGAACCGGAGACCCCAGUGUCCCCUCCAAGCCAAUUCUUGCAAAAGAUCCUAUUGUGCGUCCCAGCCCUCCAGUGACCCCUGAGGCCUAUGAUAAGACCAAGGACUCUGUCAGCCUGAAGUGGCAGAUGCCCCGCCAUGAUGGCAAGGGCCGGAUUUUUGGCUACAUUGUUGAGUACCAGAAGCCCGGCGCUGUGGAGUGGAUUCAGGCUAAUGAGACUCCAGAGCAGUGCCCUGACCUGCACUAUGUGGUGACAGGCCUGACCGAUGGACAGGAGUAUGCCUUCAGGAUCUUCACUGUCAAUGCUGCUGGCAAAUCUGACCCUGCCUACGUCAAACAACCCAUCAAAGUCCACGACAGACUAGAGGAGCCAGAGUUGCUGCUGGAUGCUAAUAUGGCACGUGACCACCUGGCAAUGUUGGGCACUGACAUCACUCUGAGUGCCACCAUUAAGGGUGUGCCAACACCCACCGUUAGCUGGAAGAAGAACGAUGGAGAUGUUCCUUCUCACAUCAUUGUUGCCGUCACUGCCACCGGCAGCAAAGUCUUCAUUCCCAAGUGUGUCCGCGCCGACUCUGGCAACUACACAAUCACUGUGGAGAAUGCUGCCGGAAAGAAAUCAGCAACCGUUGCUGUGCUUGUGCUGAAUAAGCCUUCUCCUCCUCGAGACCUGGUGGUCUCUGAGGUGACCAGCGAGUCUGCCUACCUGACAUGGAAAGCUCCUGAGGACAGUGGUGGUGCUGUCAUCUCCCAUUAUGUUGUACAGAAGAAGGAUGUAGCUGCAGAGCAGUGGGUCCCCGUCUCUGCAGCCAAUAAGAAACUGAGUCUGAUGGCCAUGUAUCUGAUGGAAGGAAUCCAGUACCUGUUCAGGGUGGCUGCUGAGAACCAGUUUGGCAGGAGCGACUAUGUGAUGACUAAGACACCCAUCAAGGCCAUCGAUCCACUCUAUCCUCCUGGCCCACCCAAGAACCUACACCACACUGAUGCGGAAAAGACAGAGGUGUGGUUGGCAUGGGAGUGGCCUGACCGCACAGGUGGAAGUGAAAUCACCGGUUUCAUCGUGGAACACCAGGAAGAGGGCCAGAGUGAUUGGGUCACCUUCAAGACCGUAAGCAAUAACCAUGCCCACGUCACUGGUCUGGAGGAGGGCAAGACUUACCGCUUUAGGGUCAAGGCUCAGAAUGCCAUUGGUGUGAGCCGGCCUGACACUAGUGUCCCUGUCACCUGCCAGGAGAAGACAUUACCACCAACUAUUGAAGUUGAUGUGAAGCUUAUUGAGGGUCUUGUUGUCAAAUCGGGCAGCACUAUUGCCCUUCCAGCCAAGAUGACAGGCAUUCCCAUUCCCACUGCCAAAUGGAUGACAGAUGGCAAGGAGAUUGCAUCAGAAGGGCGCUAUCACAUCGAGUCUGCUGGAUCCUCAACCAUCCUCAGUAUCCCUGAGUGCCGGAGAGGAGACACUGGAGAGUACACCCUCACUGUGUCUAAUCCUGCAGGCAGCAAGACUGUCGCCUUGCAUGUCACUGUGCUGGACCUUCCAGGUCCACCCAUUGGACCCAUCAAUAUCUUGGAGGUUACCCCUGAUUACAUGAUGAUCCAAUGGAGGGCACCCAAGGAUGAUGGUGGCACGCCCAUCACCAACUAUGUGGUGGAGAAGAAGGAUGUGAAGAAGCCAUGGGAGCCUUGGUCUGUUGUUAGUUCCAGCGGUACCAGCACCAAGGCCAAAGUGUCCAGGCUGGAGAAGGGUCGUGAGUACAUUGUCCGUGUCCGUGCAGAGAAUAAGAUUGGCAUCGGCGCUGGGCUUGAGAGUCCUCCCACAAUUGCCAAGCACAUUUUCAACCCUCCUGGUCCACCAGGCCUGCCAGAGUGCUCUGAUAUCACAGAGAAUGCUGUGACAGUGGCAUGGACCCUGCCUGACUAUGAUGGCGGAAGCCCCAUCAGUGGUUAUGUAAUUGAACGCAGAGAAAUGACAGGAAAGUGGAUCCGUGUCAACAAAACACCUGUGCUGGACCUCAGAUACAGAGUCUCAGGCUUGUUUGAAGGCAACAGCUAUGAGUUCAGAGUGUUUGCUGAGAACAUUGCCGGUAUCAGUGAGCCUUCUCCCACGUCUGACCCCAUCAAGGCCACUCGUGCUAUCACCAAACCCGGACCCCCUGGCAAUCCUAAACUGAAGGACUGGAGCAAAUCUUAUGCUGACAUCUGCUGGACCAAGCCUACAAGAGAUGGCGGCAGUCCCAUUCUUGGUUAUGUGGUUGAGGCUCAGAAGUCAGGAAGUGCCCAGUGGGACAGAAUCAACAAGGACCUCAUAAAGAUGUGUGCCUACAGAGUGCCAGGCCUGAUUGAAGGAAUGGAGUACAGAAUUCGCAUCAGGGCCACCAACAAGGUUGGAGACAGUGAACCCAGGGAACUGCCAGAGACCAUCUUGGCAAAGGACAUUCUGGUGCCUCCUGAAGUUGUUGUUGAUGUGUCCUGCCGCGAUUCUCUGACAGUCAGGGCAGGUCAGAUCAUCAGUCUGAUCACUAGGGUGAAGGGCAGACCAGAUCCAGAGAUCACUUGGACAAAGGAUGCUAGAGCCUUGUCCCGGGAUAAGCGCACUGAAAUUAAUAACAGCUACCCACUGUGUGAACUAGUUAUCAAUGAGGCAGUCAGAUCAGAUUAUGGUAAAUAUGCAAUUACUGCAAAGAACAGUAGUGGACAGGCACAGGCCACAAUUCUUGUGAACGUCCUGGACACACCAGGAGCUUGCCAGAACCUGAAAGUGGCCUAUGUGACCAAGAACUCCUGCAUGGUGUCCUGGGAGAACCCUGAGGACAAUGGAGGCACUGAGAUCACUCAGUACAUUAUUGAGUGCCGUCAGCCCAGCCAGAGAGGAUGGACGGUGGUCUCCAAUGAUUGCACCAAGCGCUUGAUAAAGGCUCCUCUUGCUGAGGGUUGUGAGUACUUCUUCCGUGUCAGCGCAGAAAACAAGAUUGGUGCUGGUCCACCUACUGAGACAAAGACACCUGUGCUGGCAGUUGAUCCCAUUGAGAAGCCUGGUGAACCCAUUGACUUCCAUAUUUCUGAGAUUGGCAAGACCUUCUGCUUCCUCAAGUGGAAGAAGCCAGACUAUGACGGUGGCAGCCGUAACCUGGGUUAUCAUGUUGAGAAGAAACCAAAGGAGGCUGAAGAGUGGGAGAGGCUCCACAAAGGUGCCAUUAAGGAGACUUACUUCAUGGCUGACAGGUGCAUUGAAAACCAGAUCUACCAGUUUAGAGUUCAGACUAAGAAUGAGGGAGGCGAGAGCAAUUGGGUGACCACAGAUGAGGUCCUGGUUAAGGAGCAGCUUGUGGAGCCUGAGAUCAAGAUGAAGCUGGAUGGAAUCCUUAUGGUCAAGGCAGGAGAUUCCAUUCCUAUCGAGGCUAUGGUGAAGGGAAAACCCCAGCCUGAUGUGAAAUGGACCAAAGAUGAGAGAACAGAGGAGAUUAGGAAGGGCCCCAGGCUACAGAUUGAAACUGGUACUGACUUCUCAAAGCUGCUGAUUACCGGCGCCAGGCGCACUGACAGUGGCAAAUAUACUGUCACUGCCUCCAACAGUGCAGGAACCUGCUCUGCUCAUGCCACGGUCAAUGUACUGGAUAGACCCGGCCCCGUCAGGGAUCUCAAGGUGUCUGAUAUCACCAUCGACAGGUGUCAUCUGGUUUGGGAAAUCCCAGAGGAUGAUGGCGGCUGUGAUAUCUACAACUACAUUAUUGAGAAAUGUGAGACCAAGAGAGGAAUCUGGUCAGUCCACUCAAAUGCUGUCAUCACCAAUAAAGCUAAAGUUACUCGCCUCAUUGAGGGUAAUGAGUAUAUCUUCAGAGUUCGUGCUGAGAAUAAGAUGGGUCCUGGCCCUGCAGUGCAGAGUGAGGCCAUUGUUGCCGGCACCCAGUUCAGUGUACCUGAUGCUCCUGACGCACCAGAAGUCACCAAGAUCGCCAAAGAAGAGAUGACUGUGCAGUGGUCAGAGCCUGAGAGAGAUGGAGGAAAGCCAAUCACAGGUUAUCUGUUGGAGAAGAGGGAGGAACAUGCUGUUAGGUGGUCUCCUAUCAACAAAGACCCAGUUCCUGGAACUCGUUUCACAGUUACGGGACUCCUGCCUCUCCAUGACUACCAGUACAGAGUAAAGGCUGUCAAUGAAAUUGGCAUCGGCAGCCCGAGCAAGCCUUCACGUGCCAUCACUGCAAAGGAUGCAGUUGAGCCUCCUGCACCUCCUACCAACUCGAAGGUCCUGGACAGCACCAAGUCAACUGUCACCCUGGGCUGGACCAAGCCUGUAUCUGAUGGUGGAGCUCCCAUCAUUGGCUAUGUUGUGGAGAUGAGGGCACAGGGAACUGCCAAGAAAGGAGAUGAUGGUUGGAAGAGGUGCAACGUGGCAGCUCAGUUGGUUGUGUGCGAGUUCACGGUCACAAGUCUGGAUGAGAAGCUUGUGUAUGAAUUUAGAGUGUCAGCUCAGAACCAGGUGGGCAUGAGUCUGCCCUGUGACCUGGAGGGUGCUGUGAUCCCAAGGGAGAUUCUAGAGGCACCAGAGAUUGACUUGGAUGCUAACCUGAAGCAGGGACUGACAGUGAGAGCUGGCUGUCCCAUCCGGCUUUGUGCCACCAUCAGAGGCAGACCACCUCCCAAGGUAACUUGGAGGAGGAUGGGAAUUGACAACGUGGUCAGGAAGGGAAAAGUCGACAUCAUUGACACCAUGACCUUCCUCGUCAUCCCUGACAGCACACGUGAUGACUCUGGCAAAUAUUGCCUGACUCUGCAGAGCCCUGCAGGAGAGAAGGCUGUCUUUGUCAAUGUUAAGGUUCUAGACACUCCUGGACCUGUAAUAAAUCUAGAGGCUACCGACAUAAAGCAGACAUCAGUCAUGCUGUCCUGGAGUCCUCCAGAGAACAACGGUGGCAGCGAGGUCACUCAUUACAUUGUUGAGAAGCGUGAGAUUGACCGCAAGACAUGGGCAACUGUCAAGGCCGAAGUGGACAAGGAAAAGAUUCCCUUCAAAGUCAGUGGUCUGAUGCCGGGGACCGAAUACUACUUCAGAGUCACGGCUGUCAAUGAGUACGGUUCUGGAGUUCCCAAAGUGACACCCACUUCCUACCUGGCCUCCGAUCCUGUCAGCAAGCCAGAUCCUUGUCAAAAGAUUGAAGUUCUGGAGAUCACUAAGAACAGCGCCACAGUUGGCUGGGUGAAACCCGCGAGGGAUGGCGGUGCCAAGAUCGAUGGUUAUGUGAUUGAAUACAUUGAGGUCAAACCUCCUCCAGAGCCUCCAGCACCUGUGGAGGUUCCAGAAGGAGAGGAGGCUCCUCCACCACCUCCUCCACCUCCAGUGGUAGAGGAGGAAGAGGAGGCAGAACCUGAAAAGGAAGUGUGGAAUGCCUACACCACAGUAAAAGGUUUGACAAUCAGCAUCAGUGGUCUGAAGGAGGGAAAGAGGUACAAGUUCAGAGUGGCUGCCAAGAACAUCAUGGGCAUGAGCUUGUUCACCGAGAUGAGGGAACCCGUUGAGAUCAAGGAACAGAUGUUGGAACCAAAGAUUGUCAUGCCAGAGUCCGUGAGCGCCAGAGCCGGAGCCAAGCUCAGAGUGGAGGCGCUGGUUUCUGGAAAACCUGCCCCAACCUGCAAGUGGAAGCGUGGUGAAGAUGCAGUCGUCCCAUCCAGUCGUCUUGCUGUGCACCAGUCUGGCAACCUGUGUGUCUUGAUCAUCAAAGAUGUGUCAAGGACUGACAGUGGAGAGUACAGCCUGGUGGCUGAGAACAGCUCUGCAAAGGUGGUCCAGACCCUUAAGAUCAUCAUCAGAGACAUCCCUGGUCCACCUGAGGGCCCUGUGGGGAUCAGCGACAUUGACUCUGAUGCCUGCUCCCUGUCCUGGAACAAACCACUGGAGGAUGGAGGCAGCAAUAUCACCAACUAUGUGGUGGAGAAAUGCGAUGUGAGUAGAGGUGACUGGGUGACAGCUGUGUCUUCCUGCCAAAAGACCACUUGCAGGCUUGGAAAGCUCAUUCCUGGGAAGGAGUACGUGUUCCGUAUCCGUGCCGAGAACCGCUUUGGCGUGUCAGAAGCCAUUCAGUCUGACAGGAUGGUUGCCAAGUUCCCCUUUGACGUUCCUAGCGAGCCUCUCAACUGCCGCAUCAACAAGACCAACAAGGACUGUAUGUUUGUGGCCUGGGAUAAGCCCGAGAGCGAUGGCGGCAGUCCCAUCACAGGUUACUACAUCGAGCGUAAGGAGAGGAACAGCCUGCUGUGGGUGAAGGCCAAUGACACAGUUGUCCGCACCACUGAGUACCCAUGCGCUGGCCUCAUUGAGGGCCUGGAAUACACCUUUAGAGUGUCUGCCAUCAACCGUGCCGGCCAGGGCAAACCAAGCAAGAAGACUGACUUUGUCACUGCCAGAACACCCGUUGACACUCCAGGUAAACCUGAGAUUCUGGAUGUAACCAAGAACUCUGUCACUCUGGUAUGGGCCCGUCCGAAGAAUGAUGGUGGAAGCAAGAUUAUUGGCUACUAUGUCGAGGCCAUGCGGGUACCGGGAGAUACUUGGAUACGCUGCAACACCAGCAGCCAGAAUGUCCCAAGGGAGGAGUAUACAGUUACUGGCCUGGAGAGAGACUUGCAGUACCAGUUCAGAGUCAUUGCUAAAACUGCUGUCAACAUGAGCAGACCCUCUGAGCCGACAGACCCCGUCCUGGUUUGUGCCGAGAACGUUCCUCCAAGAGUGGAGCUCAAUGCCAGGAUGCAGAAAGGUCUUAAGGUGAAGGCCGGGACCACAGUGCUACUGGAAGCUGAGGUGUUUGGUAAGCCAAUGCCCAGAGUGACCUGGAAGAGAGGCGACGAAAGCCUGAAGUCAAGUGAAGGCCAGGUAAUUACCCAGCAGAGGCAUCACUUCCAGUUGGAGAUGACAGAGGUCACAAAGGAGCACACAGGAACCUACACCAUCUUGGCCGAAAAUGCCAGUGGCUCCAAGACUGCCGAGGUCCAGGUCAACAUUCUGGAUGUGCCUGGCCCCCCUGCAAGUGCCAAAUAUGUUGAGGUGUUUGCCACCAGUGUCAAGCUGUCUUGGGAACCUCCUGUGAAGGAUGGUGGUGCCCCCAUCAGCAGCUAUAUUGUGGACAAGCGUGAGACCAGCAGAGCUAACUGGGCCCAGGUCUCCUCCAAGAUCAAGGGUGACGUCCUUGAAUUCAACGUGGAGAAGCUGAUUGAGGGUCACGAGUACCAGUUCCGAAUCCGCGCUGAGAACAUGUGGGGAGUUGGAGACCCCCUCAUCACUGGCCCUGUCAUUGCCAAGAACCCAUUCACGGUCCCUGGCCCUUGUGAGGCCCCGGUGAUCACCAACGUGACAAAAGAUCAUAUGACUGUGAGCUGGAAGGAGCCUGCUGAUGAUGGAAAGUCCACUAUCUUGGGCUACAUGCUUGAAAAAAAAGAGGCCAAAGAACUGAACUGGACCAAGCUGAACAGGAAGCCUGUGACAGAAAGGACCCUUGAUGUAACAGGCCUAACAGAGGGAGCUGAGUAUGAGUUCAGAGUCAUUGCUGUCAAUGUUGCAGGGCUUGGCAAACCCAGCGAGCCCUCUGCUGGCACCACCGCACAGAAUCCCAUCACCCCUCCUGGCCCCGUUGUGAAUCCCAGUGUGACAGACACCACCCACAGCACCAUCAGUCUCACCUGGUCUGCCCCUGCCAACAAUGGUGGAAGCGCCAUCAUUGGAUACUUGGUGGAGUGCAAGAGGACUGACACCACAGACUGGAUCCGCUGCAAUGUCCCCAGGAACCUGCAGGACACCAACUAUGUAAUUCAGAACCUCAUUGACAAGGCCGAGUACCAGUGCCGCAUCACUGCUGUCAACAAGGUUGGCUUCGGCGAGCCAGCUGAAGUACCCGGCAAGCAUGUUGCCAAGGACAUCAUUGUUCCUCCUGAGGCAGAGCUGAGCGCGGAGCUAAAGGAAGGCCUGGAGCUGCGCGCUGGUGCCACGAUGAAGCUUCAGGCCACCAUCAAGGGCCGCCCCAUUCCCAAGGUCACCUGGGCAAAGAUGAACACCAACAUCAAGGACCGUCAAGGCAUUGUCAUAAAAUCCACCAACACUGACACCAUGGUGAAGGUGGAGAACGUCAACAGAUAUGAUGCUGGCAAAUACAUCCUGAACCUGGACAGCUUGGCUGGCAUGAAGAUGUACACCAUUGUUGUCAAGGUUCUUGACACUCCUGGACCACCAGUCAAUCUGAUGGUGAAAGAGGCAUCCAAGGACAGUGCCUCCAUCUACUGGGAUGCUCCUCUGAUUGAUGGUGGCCAUGAAGUCACCCACUACAUUGUGGAGAAGCGAGAUACUGAGAGGAAGGCCUGGUCCAUCGUCUCCAACAACUGCACCAAGACAGCAUUCAAGGUGCCAGACCUGGAUGCUGGACGCUCCUACUGCUUCAGAGUGUCAGCAGUUAAUCAGCUCGGUGCUGGAGAGUGCUGUGAGACAGCCGAUUCAGUCAGAGCAUCAGAGGAGCCUGGGCCUGUCAUGGACUUUAAGACCCUGCUGGUUACCAAGGACUCUUGCACUCUAAGCUGGAAGAAACCACUCUCAGAUGGUGGCAGCCGCAUCAUCUGCUACGUGCUGGAGGUUCUCAAUGGCGAAGACAAGUACAAGGAGCUAAUGAGGUCCAAGAACAUGCAAUACAGCGCCAAGGACCUGGUGGAGGGCAAAGAGUACACCUACAGAGUCAAGGCUGUGAAUGACUCAGGAGAGGGCUCUGCCAAGGAGCUGACUGUGGUUGCCAAGGACCAGAUCAUUCAUCCAAGCUGUGACUUGAGGGAGCUACCCAACAUGUGCUACAUUGCUAAGGAGGGUAGCACCGUCCGUCUCAAGAUCCCAAUCAUUGGCAAACCUACGCCCAAGGUCUCCUGGAAGAAGGGAGAAGACGAGGACCUGACAGACACAGGCCGAGUGUGUGCUGAGUCGUCUGCAGUCAACACCACCCUCCUGAUCAGAGACUGCCAGAGGAGUGAUGCCUCCAAGUACACCAUCACCCUGAGGAACAGUGCUGGAAGCAAGGAGUCCACCAUCUUCAUCAGGGUGGUGGGCAAACCUGGCAUCCCUGGCGGACCCAUUAAGUUCAAAGAUGUUACUGCGGACGGUGCUACACUGAAGUGGGGUGUUCCAAAGGAUGAUGGUGGCUCAGAGAUCACCAACUACAUCUUGGAAAAGAGGGACUCCAUCACUAACAUGUGGGUGACUGUGUCCUCCACUGUGGAAACCAACACUAUGAGGGUGACAGGUCUCCAUGAGGGCACAGAGUACAUCUUCAGAGUCUGUGCUGAGAACAAGUACGGCGUUGGAGAAGGACUCAAAUCUGAGCCCACGGUGGCUAAACAUCCAUUCAAUGUUCCUGAUGCUCCUCCGCCUCCUCAGAUCAUGAGCAUGCGUCACGACUCUGCUUACCUGGCCUGGUCUGACCCCAGGAAGACUGGAGGAUCUCCCAUCACAGGCUACCAUGUUGAGUUCAAGGAAAGGAACAGUAUGCUGUGGAAGAGAGCAAGCCCAGUUCCCUUGAGAAUGAAGGAACACAAGGUAACUGCACUGACUGAAGGCCUAGAGUACGAGUUCAGAGUCAUGGCAAUCAACCUGGCUGGCAUCGGCAGACCGAGUGCUCCCACAGAUCCUCAGGUGGCCCUGGAUCCAAUUGACGCCCCUGGUAAACCUGAUGUGAUCAGCAUCACCAGGAGCACUGUGACCCUCCAGUGGACUGAACCACAGUUCGAUGGUGGCCACAGACUGACUGGCUACAUUGUUGAGAGGCGUGACCUUCCGUCUAAGAUCUGGGUUAAGGCCAACAAUGUGAAUGUUGUGGAACCUGCAUUCACUGUCAACGACCUACAGGAGGGCUGCAAGUAUGAGUUCAGGAUCAGGGCGAAGAAUGCAGCCGGUGCUCUCAGCCCACCCUCCGAGCAGACAGAUACCAUCAUCUGCAGAGAUGAAUAUGCUGCACCAACCAUUACUAUUGAUGCUCAAGUGAUGGAGGGGCUGACUGUCCGAGCCGGUGAUACCAUUGUCAUUACUGCCACAAGCAUUUUAGGCAAACCUGCGCCAACCUCAUGCUGGUCAAAGGGAGGAAAGUACUUUAAACCCUCUGACCUUGUUCAUAUCGAGACCACUGCAACUUCCUCUACUCUAUCCGUCAAAUAUGCCAGCAGGAAGGACUCUGGAGAGUACAUCAUAACUGCCAGCAAUCCAUUUGGUGUAAAAGAAGAAACCGUCAAGGUCAAAGUUCUGGAUGUUCCCGGUGCUCCUGGACCUAUUGAAUGCAGUGGUGUCUCCUCUGAAAAAGUCACUCUUACAUGGACAGCUCCUACUGAGGACGGGGGCUCUCCUAUCAAGUAUUACACCCUGGAGAAGAGGGAGACCAGCCGCCUGCUCUGGACUGUCCUAGAAGAGAAGGUCAUCGACUGUCACUAUGUGGCCAAUAAGCUCAUCCAGGGCAAUGAGUACUUGUUCAGAGUCUCUGCUGUUAACCAGUAUGGUGCCAGUGAGCCAUCUCACUCUGAGGCUGUCAAGAUGGUUGAUAGAUUCGGUCCUCCUGGUCCACCCUCCAAACCGGAAGUUGAGAAAGUGGAUGGGCAUUCAGCCACUGUGAGCUGGAGGAGACCAGCUGAGGAUGGAGGAAGUGAUAUCAUAGGAUACUGUGUUGAGAAGAAGGAGAAAAAGGCAAUGAGAUGGGUCAGGGCAUCCAAGAAAUCCAUUGCUGAACUCAGCUAUGAAGUCACUGGUCUUACUGAGGGUGUGGAGUAUGAGUUCCGUGUUCUUGCUGAGAACAAAGCUGGCUUUGGAGAGCCAAGCGAACCAUCUAUGCCUGUCAGAACAAUAGUUGCUGCCCGUGUGCCUGGACCUCCAGUCAAUCCAAGAGUCACAGACACAACCAAGACUACAGCCACUCUGAACUGGGGAAAACCUCUUGAUAAUGGUGGACUUGAAGUCACUGGGUAUGUGAUUGAGCACAAGAAGGAAGGAACAGAAGAAUGGGUUAAGGAUACCCCAUCGUCUCCCCUUAGGAUCACAGAAUUUGUUGUUCCUGAGCUUGAAACUGGUGCAAAAUACCACUUCAGAAUUAGUGCCGUGAAUGCUAAGGGGGCAGGUGAACCUGCUGAAACUCAGGAACUGGUUGAAAUUGUGGAGCGGGCAGCUGAACCAGAUUUGGAGCUGGAUGUUGAGCUGAGAAGAACCCUUGUCAUCAGAGCUGGCUGCUCCAUUCGCCUCUUUGUUCCAAUCAAGGGACGUCCUACGCCAACAGUCACCUGGACUAAGGAGGGUGGUCCUGUCCCACGUGCAGUCAUUGACAGCACUGAGUCAUUUACAAUGCUGCUCAUUCCUGAGAGUUCAAGGAUUGAUGCUGGCAAAUAUGAGCUUACCCUCGAAAACUCAGCUGGAAAGAAGAGUGCAGAUAUACAUGUGAGAGUUUUGGAUUCACCUGGACCUCCAAUUAACUUAAAACCAGUCAAGAUUGACAAAGAAAGCAUUACUCUCCAGUGGGAGAUUCCUCUCAUUGACGGUGGAGCCAAGAUCACAAACUACGUCAUUGAGAAGAGAGAAUCAACACGCAAGGCUUUCGCUACUGUUGUUACAAAUUGCCCGAACACUUCCGUCAGGAUUGGUGAGCUGGGUGAAGGUUGUGAGUACUAUUUCAGAGUAUCUGCCGAGAACGAGUAUGGCAUUGGUGAGGCGGUUGAGACUGCGGAUCCAAUUCGUGCAUCCCAGGCACCAACUCCUCCAGAGAGUAUUAUUCCUACUGAUAUCACCAAGAACUCUGUGAGCCUGGCUUGGACGAAACCCAAGCACGAUGGUGGAAGCAGAAUUUCAGGAUAUGUCCUGGAGGCCAAGAAGAAGGGAACUGAUCAGUGGGCCCACGUAACAACAGUCAAGACCAUGGAUUUCACAGUGAAAAAUCUGAAUGAAAAUGAAGAGUACAUUUUCCAUGUAAUGGCUGUCAACUUAUCAGGGAGAAGCACUCCCCGUGAGAGCAAACCCAUUGUUGUAAAGGAUUCUACCUCGCUACCAGAGUUUGACCUGCGUGGUGUGUGUCAGAAGACUGUUAUUGCCAAGGCAGGAGAUGACAUCAAGGUUGAAAUCCCAGUUAUGGGACGUCCUAGACCAACUAUCUCUUGGCUGAAGGACGGCGCAGCCCUAAAGCUCACACAGAGAACCAACGUUGAAACUACUGCUGCUACUGUUAUCCUCAGCAUCAAUGAAUGCAACAGAGCUGACAGUGGUGUAUACAACAUGACAGCAAAGAACAUCGUUGGUUCUGUGACAGAUAAUAUCACCGUCAAAGUACAUGAUGUACCUGGGCCACCCAAGGGACCAGUUAAGAUUGUGGAGAUAUCGCGUACCUAUUGCAUCUUUGCAUGGGACACUCCUGAAAACGACGGAGGCGUGCCAAUCAAUAAUUACGUGAUUGAGAUCAGAGACACAACUUCCCAAACAUGGACAGAGCUGUCUUCCACCGUCAUCCGUACAAUGUUUAAAGCCAUUCGCUUAACCACGGGAUCGGAGUACCAGUUCAGAGUAAAGGCUAAGAACAGAUAUGGUGUUGGACCUCCCAUCACCUCAGAAGCAGUGGUGGCUGCCUAUCCAUUUAAAGCCCCUGGACCCCCCGGUACACCUAGUGUUGUUUCAUUUACCAAGGACUCUAUAACAAUUGGCUGGAAUGAGCCUGUGUCUGAUGGUGGAAAUGAAGUCAUUGGUUAUCAUGUUGAAAGGAAAGAAAGAAGCAGCAUUAUGUGGCAUAAGAUCAGCAAGGGUCUUGUGAAAGGAAAUAUCUUUAAAUCCACUGGGCUUGAAGAUGGAGUUGCCUAUGAGUUCCGUGUCAUGGCUGAAAACAUGGCUGGAAUCGGUAAGCCCAGCAAAGCCUCCGAAGCAAUACUGGCCUUGGACCCUGUAGACCCACCCGGUCAGCCUGUGCCAAUAUUUGUCAACAAGAAUGUUAUCACUAUCCAGUGGACAAAGCCCGAGUAUGAUGGUGGCUUCAAAAUCACUGGCUACAUAGUGGAGAAGAGAGAACUGCCUACUGGUCGAUGGAUCAGAGCCAACUUCACUAACAUCAUUGAGACAGCAUUCACUGUAAGUGGACUCACUCAAGAUGCCUCCUAUGAAUUCCAUGUCAUAGCCAGAAACUCAGCAGGUGCAGUAAGUGUGCCAUCUGAACCCUCAGACCCAAUUAUCUGCAAAGAUGACAUCAUUGAGCCACGCAUUAUGGUUGACGCAAUCUUUAAGGAUGUUGUACUACUGAAGGCAGGAGAGUCCUUCAAGCUUGAUGCUGACAUUGCUGGUCAACCAACGCCAUCUAUGGUUUGGACCAAGAAUGGAAAGGAGGUUGAGAACACAAUGAAAUUGGAGGUUAAGUUUACUGAACUGACAACUACUCUAACCAACAAGGACUCUACCAGAUCAGAUGGGGGAGAAUUUGUUUUGACUGCCACUAAUGUCGGUGGAUUCGCUAAGCACAUCUUUAAUGUUAAAGUGCUUGACAGACCCGGACCACCAGUUGGACCUCUAAAGGUGACUGAUGUCACAGCAGACAAGUGUGUACUGACCUGGGCUCCACCUGCAGAUGAUGGCGGGGCCAAGAUUGAAGGAUAUGUGGUUGAGAAGCGUGAGUCAAGCAGACUGGUUUGGACCAAUGUGGUUUCAGAUCUUCAGGUUACACAAUAUAAGGUGACCAAGUUGCUUAAAGGAAACGAAUAUAUCUUCAGAGUAAUGGCAGUAAACAAAUAUGGACUUGGUGAGUCUCUUGAUUCAGAGCCCACUCUUGCAGACAACCCAUAUAGGGUUCCUGAUCCUCCAGAGAACCCUGAAGUGACAGCUAUCACUAAAGAUUCAAUGGUUCUUAUGUGGCAAGCACCUAAGAGUGAUGGUGGAACUCCAAUCACCAACUACAAUGUUGAACGGAAAGACAGAAUAGGCCUACGCUGGGUCAAAUGUAACAAGAGGAAGAUCAAAGACCUUCAGUUCAAGGCCGCAGGCCUUGUUGUCGGGCAUGAAUAUGAAUUCAGAGUAACUGCUGAGAAUGCUGCUGGAGUGAGUGCACCAAGUGUCUCCAGUCCAUUCUACAAGGCAACUGAUGCACUAUACAAGCCAGGGGCUCCAUGCAACCCUAGAAUCUUGGACACAACCAAGUCCUCAAUUACUGUUGCCUGGAACAAACCUGUAUAUGAUGGUGGCUCUGACAUCACUGGCUACAUUGUGGAGACCUGCAUCCCAUCUGAAAAAGAAGACGAGGAGGAGUGGACCAUUGUGACACCCAAAGAAGGUCUCCUUGCUACCUCAUUCACCAUUAUUAACCUGAAGGAGAACCAGGAGUACAAGAUCAACAUCUCUGCUAUCAACAGUGAAGGAAUUGGAGAAGCAGCAUCUGUACCUGACAAUACAAAGGCAGAGGACAGGCUUCUCCCACCUGAGAUUGAUUUGGAUGCUGAGCUACGUAAGGUUAUCAGCCUUAGAGCUUGCUGCUCACUUAGACUGUUUGUGCCUAUCAGAGGCAGACCGGCUCCUCAGGCUAAAUGGACCAAAGGGGAUGGUGAGGCUAUUGAGAGGGCAACUAUUGACAGCACAACAUCGUACACGUCACUUGUGAUUGAAAAUGUCAACAGAUUUGACAGUGGAAAGUAUAAUCUUACAGUUGAAAACAGCUCUGGCUCCAAGACGGUUACAGUCCAAGUCAAGGUGCUUGAUACACCAAGCGCCCCACAGAAUCUGAAGAUUACUGCCGUAACAAAUGAAGCUGUCACUCUGACCUGGGAUCCACCAGUGAAUGAUGGAGGAGUUAAGAUUAAGAACUAUAUUGUUGAAAAACGCGAGUCCACAAGGAAAGCCUAUGCCACAGUCAAUGCUCUCUGCCAUCAUACCACCUUCACAGUUGGCCAGCUCCUGGAAGGAUGCAACUAUUACUUCAGAGUUUUGGCUGAGAAUGAGUAUGGCAUUGGCUUGCCCAUUGAGACUGGUGAAUCAGUUAAAGUGUCUGAGAAACCACAGCCACCUGGCAAAAUCACUCUUAAGGAUGUUACCAAAAGCAGCGUCACCCUCUCCUGGGAGAAGCCAGAGCAUGAUGGUGGCAGCAGAGUAGGUUGUUAUGUUGUUGAGAUCCAGCCCAAGGGUGUUGAUAAGUGGACCCAGGCUGUUAUAGUAAAGGAAACAGAAGCUACAAUUAGUGGACUUAAUGCAGGUGAAGAAUACAUGUUCCGUGUAGCCGCAAGAAAUGAGAAGGGAACAAGUGACCCACGUCAAAUUGGUGUGCCUGUGAUCGUGAAAGAUCUUGUUAUUGCACCUGUUGCCAAAAUGUUGUUCAACACAUUCAGUGUGUUGGCAGGAGAAGACCUGGCAGUGGAGGUUCCAUAUGUUGCACGUCCCAAAGCAGCUAUCUCCUGGGUAAAGGAUGGUCAGCCUCUGAAGAGAACUACAAGAGUAAACUUUGGUGCAACAGACACAAUGUUGAAUCUCAACAUAAAAGAGGCUACUAAAGAUGACGUUGGACACUACCUCAUUACUCUUAGCAACACAGCUGGAGAGACAACUGCAAGCAUUGGCAUCGUUGUUCUUGACAAACCUGGCCAGCCAAGCGGUCCAGUUAAGGUGGAAGAGGUCACUUCUGACAACAUAACCAUCUCCUGGAACCCACCAGAGUACGAUGGUGGUUGCACCAUCAAACACUACAUUGUGGAAAAAAGAGACACAUCCACAACUAACUGGAUGGUUGUAUCUCCUAACCUUGCGAGAACCAAAAUCAAGGUAGGCAGACUGAAAACUGGCUCUGAGUAUCAGUUUAGAAUCACAGCAGAAAAUCGAUAUGGAAAAGGCCCAACUCUUCAAUCAGAGUGCAUUGUGGCUCAGUACCCAUACAAGCUCCCGGGACCCCCAGGAACACCAUCUAUUGCUGCCUGCACCAAGGACAGCAUGGUGGUGACCUGGAAUGAACCUGUGAAUGAUGGUGGAAGUGCUAUCUUGGGCUACCAUCUUGAACGGAAAGAGAGAAACAGCAUCCUGUGGGUCAAACUUAACAAGUCUCUCAUUACUGACCAAACCUUCAAGACAACUGGUUUGGAGGCAGGAAUGGAGUAUGACUACAGAGUUUAUGCAGAAAAUAUUGUCGGAAUAGGCAAAGUGAGCAAAGUGUCUGAGGGUCAUGUUGCUAGAGACCCCUGUGAUCCCCCUGGAACCCCAGAGGCAACAAAGAUCAGUAAAGACUCUGUGACCAUUGUUUGGACCAAGCCUGAGUAUGAUGGUGGUGCAAAGGUUACAGGUUACAUUGUGGAAAAGAAGGAGCUUCCUGAAGGUCGUUGGCAGAAGGCAAACUUUACCAACAUCAUCGAGACAGAAUACGUUGCAACUGGCCUUGUGCAGGACAAUCAGUAUGAGUUCCGUGUCAUUGCUAGAAAUGCUGCUGGUGUUUUCAGUAUUCCUUCUUACAGCACUGGUCCCAUCACUGCCAGGGAUGAAAUUGAACCACCACGCAUCAGCAUUGACCCAGAGUACACACAGACCAUUGUGGUUAAUGCUGGAGACAGCUUCAAGAUUGAUGCUGAUGUUCAUGGCAAACCAUUGCCCUCUAUCCACUGGAUGAAGGGAGAGCAGGAACUGGGCAACACUAUUCAUAGAGAAAUUAAGAACACGCCAACCAAAGCUUAUAUAUCCGUCAAGGAAGCUAAACUUUCUGAUGGAGGCCAAUACACUCUGCUGUUGAAAAACCCAGGAGGUGAAAAGGCUGUACAGGUCAGUGUGAUUGUUCUAGAUAAACCUGGAGAACCACAAGGACCUCUUGUCAUUACAGGAAUAACCAAAGACCGAUGUUGCCUUGCUUGGAAACCACCGAUACAAGAUGGUGGCAGCAAGAUCUCUCACUACAUUGUGGAGAGGAGAGAGACAAGCAGACUAGUCUGGACUGUCGUCAACCCAAAAGUGGAAAAUGUUUGUCUAAAUGUCACUAAACUCCUGGAAGGAAAUGAGUACAUCUUUAAGGUCCAUGCUGUCAACCAGUUUGGAGUGGGUGCACCACUUGAAUCUGCUGCUGUCAUCAUCAAAGAUCCGUAUGUGCCCCCUGGUUCACCAAAGAGCUUAGAGGUUUCAGAUGUUAAAAAAGAUUCAAUGAUGCUCACCUGGGAGGCUCCCUCUGAAGAUGGCGGUAGCGUCAUCACUGGAUACAUAAUAGAGAAACACGACAAAGAGGGUGUCAGAUGGACCAGAUGCAACAGACAAACUGUCACUGACUUGACUUUCAAGGUCACUGGACUCCUGGAAAGCCACAUGUACGAAUUCAGAGUUGCUGCUGAGAAUGCCAUUGGUGUUGGUGAACCAAGCUCCCCUACUGUGUUCUACAAAGCCCUUGAUCCCAUCUUCAGGCCUGGUCCACCACACAAUCCGAGAGUUACUGACACUACUAAAACAUCAGUAUUCCUGUCAUGGGGCAAGCCUCUCUGUGAUGGAGGCUGUGAGAUUCAGGGUUACAUUGUUGAGUGCUGCGCUACCACCUUGCAAGCUGAGGCCCCAGAAGCCGUUGCUGCAGAGCCAACUGCUACAGAUGCACCUGCUGAGGAGUGGAUAAUGUGCACGCCACCAACAGGUAUCAAGAAGACCAAGUUUGAAGUUGCCAACUUGAAGGAAAACCAGGCAUACAAGUUUAGAGUGUGUGCUGUCAACAAAGUUGGAGUUGGUGAUCAUGCUGAUGUCUUUGGAGCUGUUGUUGCCCAAGAUAGGGCAGAAGAACCAGAUCUUGACAUUGACCCAGAACUGAGAAAGAUUGUGACCAUCAAAGCUGGAGCUUCCCUUAGGCUGUUUAUCCCCAUCAAAGGAAGGCCCACUCCUACCAUCAAGUGGAACAAGGACGAAGCUGCCCUUAAAGAGACUGCUCAAAUUGAGGUGACCAGCAGUUACACAUCCCUUGUAAUUGACAAGAUGAGCAGGAACGACAGUGGAAAAUACACAGUUACUGCAGAGAACUCAAGUGGAACCAAAUCAGCAUUUGUUGUUGUCCGUGUUCUCGACACACCUAGUGCUCCUGUCAACCUGAAAGUGAAAGAAAUUACAAACCAGUCAGUGACACUGGCAUGGGAACCACCUCUGUUGGAUGGUGGAUCCAAGAUAAAGAACUACAUUGUUGAAAAGAGAGAAAGCACACGCAAAACAUAUGCAGCUGUUGUAACAAACUGUCAUGCUCUUUCGUGGAAGAUUGAGCCACUCCAGGAGGGUUGUAGUUACUACUUCCGAGUCAUUGCUGAGAAUGCACAUGGUGUUGGCCUGCCUGCAGCAACCGUUGACCCUCUUAAGGUCUCAGAGGUGCCCCAGUCUCCGAAGAACUUGAUUGUUACAGACCAAACCAAAACAAGUAUCUCUUUGGCCUGGGAGAAACCUGAGUAUGAUGGUGGCAGCAGAGUCAUGCAGUAUUUGCUUGAGGUGCAGCUUAAGGGCCAGGAGAAGUGGUCUGGUGUUAACACAUUUAAGACAAUGGAGGCUACUGUUUCUAAUCUGAACCCAGGAGAGGAAUAUCUGUUUAGAGUUACAGCCAUCAAUGAUAAGGGUAAAAGUGACCCCAAAGUCCUUGCUGGUCCAGUAAUGACAAAGGACUUGGUCUUUGAGCCUGAUGUUCGACCAUCAUUCAGCAACUACAGUGUCCAUGUGGGCAAAGACCUGAAGAUUGACAUUCCCAUCUUUGGACGUCCUAAACCAAAAGUCACAUGGACUAAAGAUGGAGCUCCUUUGAAGUUCACCACGAGAGUCAACAUUCUCAAUACACCAACACAUACAACACUCAGCAUUAAGGAGGCAGCAGGUGAUGACGGUGGCAUGUACAGUAUAAAUGUUGCUAACUCAGUUGGAGAAAAGGACACAACAGUUGAAAUCAUUGUUCUUGACAAGCCUGGUCCUCCAUCUGGCCCUGUGAGGUUCGAUGAAAUCACAACACAGAGUGUCACUAUUUCAUGGGAUCCACCAAAACACAAUGGUGGCUGCCAGAUUUCAAACUACAUUGUGCAAAAGAGAGAUACUACUACAACAACAUGGGAAAAUGUCAGCAUCAACUGUGCCAGAACCACCAUCAAAGUGCCUAGACUAAAGACUGGAAACGAGUACCAGUUCAGGAUCAUCGCUCAGAACCGAUAUGGCAAGAGUCAUGGCCUGGAUUCAUCUGCUGUAGUCGCUCAGUACCCAUACAGAGAGCCAGGUCCCCCAGGCACUCCGUUCAUCUCUUCUCUCUCUAGGGACCACCAGAUUGUUGAGUGGCAUGAGCCUGUUACAGACGGAGGCAGCCCUGUCCUUGGCUACCAUCUUGAGAGGAAAGAGAGGAAUAGUAUUCUCUGGGUCAAGAUCAACAAGACACUUAUUCAUGAGACUAGUUUCAAGAGUCACCCCUUAGAGGAGGGUGUUGAGUAUGAAUACAGGGUUUAUGCUGAAAAUAUUGUUGGCAUUGGCAGGUGCAGUAAAGUCUCAGAGGGCUGCAUUGCCCGUGAUCCAUGUGAUCCUCCUGGUGCACCAGAGGCCGUGCAUGUGACCAAAGAUACCAUUGUCAUUCAGUGGACUAAACCAGAGUAUGAUGGUGGCAGUAAUAUAACUGGCUAUACUGUGGAGAAGCGUGAUUUGCCAGAGGGCAGGUGGGUAAGGGCGAAUUUCACUAAUGUGAUUGAGACCCAAUUUACUGUGACUGGGCUGACAGAAAAUGCACAGUAUGACUUCAGAGUCAUUGCUAAAAAUGCUGUGGGCACCACCAGCAAGCCAUCUUACAACAGUGGACCAAUCACUGCAAACGAUAUGGUGGAGGCACCCAAAUUUUCCAUUGACCCCGCAUUCACCAAGACCAUUAUCAUCAACGCCGGAGAGACAUUCAAGCUAGAUGCCGAUGUCCGUGGAAAGCCACUGCCUACGAUCCAGUGGUUCAAGGAUGAAAAACCAAUCGAGAAUACACUCAGACUAGAAAUCAAAAACACAGAAAACCAUGCAAUGAUUGUCAUUAAGGAUUCUGUUAGAAUUGAUGGUGGAAUGUACAUGCUCCAGCUGACAAAUGAAGCUGGCAGUGAAACUGUACCAUUUAAAGUUGUGGUCCUGGACAGGCCAAGUCCAUGUGAAGGACCCCUCCAAGUCACCGGAGUAGCUGAAGAUAGAUGCACCCUGGUAUGGCGUGCCCCUCUACAUGAUGGAGGUAGUCCCAUUACACAUUACAUCAUUGAGAGAAGAGAGACCAGCCGUCUAGCUUGGACUAUUGUUUCUAACCGCUGUGACACAACAUGCUACAGAGUCACCAAAUUACUGGAAGGCAAUGAGUAUAUGUUCCGUGUCAUGGCAGUUAACAGUUAUGGUGUCAGUGAGCCACUGGAGUCUGGUGGAGUGAUUAUGAAGACCCCAUUCAUUCCUCCUUGUCCACCUCACAUUGAGGAUGUAUCCAACAUUGCCCAUGAUGGCAUGACCAUCACUUGGUCUGCCCCCGAAAAUGAUGGUGGCAGUGAGAUCACCAAUUACAUCAUUGAAAAGAAGGACAGAGCUGGAAUCAAAUGGACCAGAUGCAAUAGGCAGAAGGUCACUGAUCUCUCCUUUAGAGUCACAGGCCUAACCACCGGCCAUGAGUAUGAGUUCAGAGUGGCUGCUGAGAAUGUAGUUGGAGUGGGAGAGCCAAGCCUUCCAAGUUCAUACUACAAGGCCUGUGAUCCCAAGUACAAACCUGGUGCCCCGGCAUAUGUGAAUGUAACUGACUCCUCAAAGAGUUCUAUUACAGUGUCAUGGGGCAAGCCACUGUCUGAUGGUGGCAGCCCCAUUCAAGGAUACAUUGUUGAAGUCUGCAAGGCUGAGGAGGAAGAAUGGACCAUGGUUACUCCACCCACUGGUCUGCGUGUCAACAAAUAUGAAAUUACCAAACUUGCAGAGGGUCAGGAGUACAAAAUCCAGGUGUGUGCUCUGAACAAACUGGGAGUUGGUGAGCCAGCAAUUCUUUCUGGAACAUCUAAGCCAGAGGAAAGGGUGGACCCACCACAGAUCCACCUCGACUCUGAGCUGAGGAAGGGCAUCAAUGUGAAAGCCGGUGGAUCUGUUAGAAUCUAUGUUCCAUUUAAGGGAAGGCCAACACCUGAAAUUAAGUGGACUAAGGAUGAAGGAAACCUGACAGAAAAGGCAGUGGUUGAGAAGGCUCUCAACUUCACACAGCUGUCCAUUGACUCAUGUGACAGAAGUGAUUCAGGAAAAUACACCUUAAGCCUGACAAACAGCAGUGGCACUGUGUCUGAGGUUAUUGCUGUUAAAGUCCUGGACACACCGGGAGCACCACAGAAGCUUGUGGUUAAAGAUGUUAAAAAGGACUCUGUCACUCUUGUAUGGGAUGCCCCACUGAUCGAUGGAGGCUCUAAAAUCAAGAACUAUGUCAUUGACAAACGUGAGUCAACCAGAAAGGCAUAUGCAAAUGUGUCUACGAAAUGCACCAAGACAACAUUCAAAGUUGAGAACUUGAUUGAAGGUGCUAUGUACUACUUCAGAGUCAUGGCUGAGAAUGACUAUGGAGUCGGCCAAGCUAUUGAAACAAAGACAGCUUCCAAGGCCUCCGAGGUCCCACUGCCAGUUGGAAAAGUCUUUCUCACCGAUGUCACUAAAGCUAGUGCCUCACUGGCCUGGGAGAAACCUGAGCAUGAUGGAGGCAGUAGAAUUGGUGGCUACCUAAUUGAGAUGCAGCCUAAGGGUACAGAUAAGUGGGGAGUUGCAACAAACACAAAGACAUGUGAGGGCACUGUCACAGGACUCACAGCUGGAACAGAAUACCUAUUCCGUAUUAUUGCUUACAAUGAGAAGGGAAAGAGUGAACCAAAGGCACUUGCUGCACCUGUUAUUGCCAGUGACAUGACCAUGGAGCCAAGCAUUAAGAUGCAAUUCAACACUUACAGUGUAUCAGCUGGAAAAGAUCUUAAGUUGGAGUUCCCUGUGCUUGGCAGGCCCAAACCUAGAGUCACUUGGACCAAAGAUGGUCAACCUCUAAAGGUGACAUCAAGAGUCAAUGUGGUAAAUACUCCAGAAACAACUACAAUUCAGAUUACUGAGGCAUGCAAAGAGGACUUUGGUAAAUACUCCAUUACAGCAACCAAUACUGUGGGCACAGUCACUGAGGAUGUGUCUGUCAUUAUCCUUGACAAGCCAGGUCCACCAACAGGUCCAGUCAAGGUUGUUGAAGUGAGCAACACCUUUGUCCAUCUCGCCUGGGAGCCCCCAGGUUACACAGGUGGAUGCCAGGUGAAGAACUAUAUAGUGGAGAAGAGAGAAACCACCACCACGACAUGGCAGUCAGUCACCACACAGCUUGCUAGAACAGCAUUCAAGGUCACCAAGCUGAAGACUGGUGCAGAAUACCAGUUCAGAAUUAUAGCUGAAAACAGAUAUGGAAAGGGCGUGCCUCUGGACUCCAAGGCCAUUGUUGUGCAGUAUCCAUACAAACCACCAGGGCCUCCAGGAACACCAUACGUCAAAUCUGCAACGAAGGAAAUGAUGGUCAUUGAAUGGAAUGAGCCAGUCAAUGAUGGUGGCAGUGCAGUUAUUGGUUACCAUCUGGAAAGUAAGGAGAGAAGCAGCAUUCUGUGGAACAAACUGAACAAGACUCUCAUCACUGAUACUCAGUUCAAGAUCUGCAAUCUGGAGGAGGGUGUUGGAUAUGAAUUCAGAGUUUAUGCUGAAAAUAUUGUUGGCAUUGGUAGAUGCAGUAAAGUGUCUGAGUCCUUCGUUGCUCGUGACCCAUGUGAUCCUCCUGGUGCUCCUGAAGCUGUAUCUAUUUCAAAAAAUCUAAUCAAGAUUCAGUGGACCAAGCCUCAGUAUGAUGGUGGCAGCAAAGUGAACGGAUAUAUUGUGGAGAGGAAAGAUCUCUCCUCCCCUGAUGGGCAUUGGGUGAGAGCUAACUUCACUAAUAUAACUGAGACUGAGUAUACCGUCACUGGUCUGACAGAGAAUGAGCAAUACGAAUUUAGAGUUAUUGCAAGAAAUGCAGCCGGAGUCUUCAGCGAGCCAUCAGACAGCUCUGGACCUAUUACUGCUACUGAUGAAAUUGAACCACCAAGGGCCUCAAUGGAUCCCAAGUACAAGGAUGUGAUUGUUGUCAAUGCUGGAGAACACUUGGUUCUUGAUGCAGACAUCUAUGGAAAACCGAUUCCUGAUGUCGUCUGGCUUAAAGAGGGAAAGGAAAUGGACAAAGCCCUGCGCAUUGAAGUGAAAACUACACCAAAGCGUGCAGCCAUAACCAUAAAGGAUGUAACCAAGCUAGACAGUGGCCACUAUGACCUUGUCCUCAAAAAUCUGGGUGGUACAAAAACCUUCCCAAUCACUGUCAAAGUUCUUGAUAAACCAGGUCCACCUACUGGACCCAUGAAAGUGACAGGAGUCAUGGCUGACAAGUGCAUUCUUGCCUGGUCUGAACCAACUCUGGAUGGUGGGGCGAGUGUCACUCACUAUAUCUUAGAGAAGAGAGAGACAAGCAGGUUGUCCUGGACAGUGGCUGCUCCAAAUAUCAAGGGUCUGUAUCAUAAACUAACAAAUUUGCUCCCUAGAAAUGAAUACAUUUUCAGAGUCAGAGCAGUGAACAAAUAUGGUGUUGGUGACUAUCUUGAGAGUGAACCCGUCAUUGCACGCAAUCCAUAUAAGCCACCAGGUGCUCCUGGAACUCCAGAAGCCAGUCAAAUCACAAAGGAUUCUAUGGUUCUAUCGUGGACCGUUCCAGAACAGACUGGUGGAGCUGAAAUUGAAGGCUACCACCUUGAAAAGCGUGACAAAGAUAGUGUAAGGUGGACAAAAUGCAACAGACAAAAGCUGACCGACACCCACUUCAAGGUCACAGGUCUGAUGACAGAUCACUUCUACGAGUUCCGUGUUGCUGCUGAAAAUGAGGCUGGAAUAGGAGACCUCAGUGAAUUGUCCCUGUUCUACAGAGCAUGUGAUGCUACAACACCACCUGGGCCUCCACACCAUCCCAAAGUGACAGACUACACAAAGUCUUCCGUGUCUCUGUCAUGGGGCAAACCUGACUUUGAUGGUGGUGCCUACGUCAAGGGCUACAUUGUUGAAAUGAGAGAGUACACAGAAGUGCCUGGAUCAACAGAAGAGGCAGAAGUAGCACCAGCAGUCGAGGCACAAGCUGAAAAAGAAUGGACCAUGUGCACUCCACCUACUGGUAUUCAGGCCACUAAACUCACUAUCACAGACCUUAAGGAGGGCGGAGAAUACCAGUUCCGCGUUUGUGCUAUCAACUCUGAGGGAGUAGGAGAGGCUGCUAGUGUCAGUGGCACUGUGGUCACUUCUGACAGGGUAGAAGCACCAGAGAUUGAGCUGGAUGCUGAUCUCAGAAAGGUUGUAUCUGUCCGUGCUGGUGGAACUCUGCGUCUGUUUGUCACCAUCAGAGGAAGGCCUGAACCUGCUGUGAAAUGGGAGAAGGUUGAGGGUACUCUCACGGAGCGUGCUGCAAUUGACACCACUGCUUCAUACACCAUGCUCGUCAUAGACAACGUCAACCGCUUUGACAGUGGAAAAUACUCACUAACACUGGAGAACAGUAGUGGUACAAAAUCUGCUAUUGUUGCAGUGAGAAUUUUGGACACACCAAGUGCACCACAGAAAUUUGCUGUGAAGGAGGUCAAGAAGGAUUCAGUGACUCUUGCCUGGGAUGCGCCACUCACUGACGGUGGUUCUAAAAUCACAAACUACAUUGUAGAGAAGAGAGAGUCUGUCAGGAAGGUCUAUACUACUGUCACCAGCAACUGCACAGCCAACUCAUUCAAGAUUGAAGAGCUGCCUGAGGGUGGUAUUUUCUACUUCAGAGUCUGUGCUGUUAACGAAUAUGGCCAAGGACAGAUGGUUGAAACCAAAGAAAUCAAAGUAUCUGAGGUACCUCUGCCACCAAGCAAGGUUACCCUUGUAGAUCUGACAAAGACCAGUGUGUCACUGGCAUGGGACAAACCUGCUCAUGAUGGUGGAAGCAAAGUAAUGUGCUACAAUGUAGAAUUUAAGCCUAAGAGUGGAGAUAAAUGGGGCACAGCAUGCACAGUCAAGGUGCCUGAAGCGACUAUUCCUAAUCUGACUCCUAAUGAUACCUAUUUAUUCCGAGUUGUUGCAAUCAAUGAGAAAGGAAAGAGUGAGCCAAAGGAUCUUGGCUUGCCUGUGGUUGCAAAGGAUGUUGCAAUAGAACCAUCUGUCAAUUUACUGUUUACUACGUACAGUGUGAAGGCUGGAGAAGACCUCACUCUUGAGGUUCCUGUAAGAGGCAGGCCAAAGCCUGUUGUAUCCUGGAAGAAGGAUGGCCUUCCUUUAAAGCAAACAUCAUCAGUGACCAUCUUAAACACAGCAACCUCUUCCAAAAUACUAAUAAAAGAAGCUAGCAGAGAUCAUGUUGGCAAGUAUGAAAUCACUCUGGCCAACACAGCAGGAACUGUCACAGCAGAUAUUGGAAUCGUUGUCCUUGAUAAGCCAGGUCCACCUAAAGGAUUUAAGGUGGAUGCUGUGACUUCUGACAGCAUCACACUGUCCUGGUCACCACCAGAUUAUGAUGGUGGCUGUUCCAUCAGUAAUUAUAUCGUGGAGAAGAGAGACACAAACACACAAGAAUGGCAGAUGGUAGCAAGUAAUGUUGCCAGAACAUGUUUCAAGGCUUGCCGCUUGACACAUGGUGCAGAGUACCAAUUCCGCAUCUAUGCAGUCAACCGUUACGGAAAGAGUACGUAUCUGGAUUCAUCUGGAAUUACAGCUCAGUAUAACUUCAAACAACCUGGACCUCCUUCCACACCUAUAGUGAAGUUGGCGACCAAGUCUUACAUGUUGGUGACUUGGAAUGAGCCAGUCAGUGAUGGUGGUAGUCCUGUUCUGGGCUACCAUCUGGAGAGGAAAGAGCGUUCUAGCAUUCUUUGGACAAAGAUGAACAGAGGAAUGAUCAAAGACACAGAAUACAAGGUCAAUGGAAUUGAAGAGGGAAUGAUGUAUGAAUACCGUGUCUAUGCUGAAAAUAUUGCUGGUAUUGGUAAAUGCAGCAAAGCUUGUGAAGCUGUAGCAGCCAGAGAUCCAUGUGAUCCUCCAGGCACACCUGUGGUCACUGCUGUUACCAGAACAUCUGUCUCCUUGUCUUGGGAUAAACCAGAGUACGAUGGUGGAGCCAAGGUUUCUGGCUACAUCAUUGAACGCAGAGACCUCCCUGAGGGACGCUGGACAAGAUGCAACUUCACCAAUGUGCCUGAGACCCACUAUGAUGUGACAGGCUUAACAGAAAACAGCCAGUACAUCUUCCGUGUCAUUGCCAAGAAUGCAGCUGGAUUGUUCAGUGAACCGUCUGACAACACUGGGCCCAUCACUGUCAAGGAUGAUGUAGAUCCACCACGUAUCAUGAUGGAUGUCAAGUUUAGAGAGAAAGUGUUUGUGAAAGCAGGUGAAACUCUGAAGAUUAAUGCUGACCUUGCUGGACGUCCUGCUCCUGUCAUUUCCUGGACAAAGGAUGGCAAAGAGAUUGAGCUGAGAGCUAGAAUUCAGAUUGUUUCAACCGAUACCAGCACUUCUGUCAUUGUCAAGGACUGCAUCAGAAGAGAUUCUGGACAGUAUGCCCUGACUCUACAGAAUAUUGCUGGAACAGUUACCAUGCCAAUAAACUGUGUGAUUCUUGACAAGCCAGGUCCCUCAGCAGGACCUCUGCAGAUCACAGGUCUCACAGCUGAGGAGUGCACUCUGUCAUGGGGUACUCCUCAGGAGACCGGUGGUGCUGAUAUCACACAUUACAUUGUUGAGAAGCGUGAGACCAGCCGCUUGGCAUGGACACUGGUGAAGACAGACAUCACAAAAACAUACUAUAAAGUCACAGGACUGCUAAAGGGCAAUGAAUAUAUCUUCAGGGUUUUGGCUGUCAACAAGUUUGGACCUGGUGAGGCUCUGGAGAGUGAGGCUGUAAAGGUAACAGAUCCAUACACUUUUGCCACCGCUCCAGCUGGUGUUGAUAUCACUGCUAUAACUGGAGAUUCAAUGACCCUCACGUGGUGCAAGCCAGCCAAUGAUGGAGGCAGCCCCAUUACUGGAUAUAUAAUUGAGCGCCGUGAGAAAACAGGUAUGCGCUGGGUCCGUGUGAACAGAGAUCCAGUUGUUGAAUGUACCACAGUGGCAACCAAACUGCGCAAGGGUUGUGAGUAUGACUUCAGAGUCUAUGCUGAAAACGCUGCUGGUCUGAGUCCCCCAAGUGAACCAUCUGCAACUUUCAGAGCAAUGGAUCCUCUGGUUGUUCCUUCUCGGCCCACCAAGCCAAAAAUUGUCAGUUCAACCAAGAACAGUGUGUCCAUUGUCUGGAAACCACCAACAGAUGAUGGUGGUGCUCCCAUCCUUGGAUACAGUGUAGAAUACAGGGACUACAUCCGCAAACCAGAGCCAGAGGUUGAGGGAGAAGAGGAUGAAUAUGAGGAGGAGGAAGAGGAAGAAGUGCCUGAACCACCUGAAGAACUAGCAAGAUGGGUUGAGGCUAUCCCUCUGACCAAGAGCUUGGAAUUCACAAUCACGGGACUAAAGACAGAUGCAGAAUAUGAAUUCUCUGUCAAGGCUAUAAACAAAGUUGGCAGCAGUGUCCGUAGCCCAUAUUCAGAUGCAGCUGCAGCAAUGGACAGAACUGCAGAGCCAUCAUUUGAUGUUGACAUUGAGAUGCGUAAAGUACUUAUUGUUAAGCAUAGCACAGCAUUUACUCUAAAUGUACCCUUCAAGGGCAAACCUGUACCAUCAGUGGAAUGGGCCAAGGAGGGCGUUGAUCUAAAGGUCAGAGGAAGCAUUGAAUCAACAGAUUCAAGCACCUCACUGACUAUUGAAAAGUCAACUAGAAAUGACUCUGGAGAGUACUGUGUCACUAUUGAAUCACCACUCGGAAAAGCUACAUUGCCCUUGACUGUCAAGGUGCUUGACUCUCCUGGACCCCCAGUCAAUGCUAAAGUUUCUGCAGUGACUAGAGAUUCUGCAACCCUCACUUGGGAGGCUCCAGAAAAUGAUGGUGGCGACCCAGUGAAGGCCUACCAUGUGGAAAAACGUGAAGCCAGUAAGAAAGCCUGGGUGUCUGUGACCAGCAACUGUCACGCACUUACUUACAAGGUGGAAGACUUGCAGGAGGGAGCCAUAUAUUACUUCAGAGUUAUUGGAGAAAAUGAGUAUGGAGUGGGUGUCCCUCAGGAAGUCAAGGCUGGAACCAAGAUUACAGAGGUACCAAGUCCACCCAUGAAACUUGGAGUUGCAAAUGUUACCAAGGACAGCGUUACGAUUGCCUGGACAAGACCUGAAUACGAUGGUGGUAGCAGGGUUACUGGUUACCUCAUUGAUGCUCUGGAGAAGGGACAGACCAAGUGGGUGAAGUGUGCCACUGUGAGGACCAUGACUCACACCAUCAAGAGCCUGAGGGAGGGUGCUGAGUACUUCUUCAGAGUUCGUGCUGAGAACCAUGCCGGACUCAGUGAACCCAAGGAGAUGAUCGUACCUGUUAUUGUCAAGGAAAUACAAGAGGCUCCAGAGUUUGACCUGAAGAACUACCCCAAGAAUACAGUUUAUGUGAGAGCAGGAUCUGACCUGACCUUUGAGAUUCCUCUCACUGGCAGGCCCAUGCCUAAGGUGGCUAUGUCCAAGAACAAUGUUGUCAUCAAGGGAUCCAAGAGGCUGCUAGCAGAAGUAACCCCAGACAGCUUAAUUGUCACUCUAAAUGAAAGCGGUUCAAGUGACGCUGGCAAAUAUGAAUUCACCGCCUCAAAUGCGGGAGGUACCACAAAGAUCUUCAUUAUCUUCGUUGUGCUGGACAGACCUGGACCUCCUGUUGGUCCAGUUGAGAUUGGAGAGGUUGGCGAGACAACAGUGUGUCUGAAAUGGGCUCCUCCAGAGUAUGAUGGUGGCAGUCCUGUUACCAACUACAUUGUUCUGAAACGUGAAACCAGCACACCUACCUGGGCAGAGGUGUCAACUAGCAUUGCCAGAAGUUCCAUCAAGGUGACUAAGCUGACCAAGGGAGAGGAGUAUCAAUUCAGAAUCAAGGCUGAGAAUCGCUAUGGUGUCAGUGACCACAUUGACAGCAAAUCAGUCAUGAUAAAGCUUCCAUACACCAUCCCUGGACCUCCAUCCACGCCAUGGGUGAGCUUCAUAUCUAGAGAGAGCCUGACGGUCUGCUGGAAUGAGCCAGUAAAUGAUGGCGGAAACCCUGUGAUAGGAUAUCACCUCCAAAUGAAAGAGAGGAGCAGCAUCCUCUGGCAGAAGGUUAAUAAGACAGCAAUCCCAGGAAACCAGUGGCGAGUUACAAACAUUUGCCCUGGCCUCAUCUAUGAGUUCAAGGUGGCAGCUGAAAAUGCCGCUGGUAUUGGAAAGAUGAGCAAGACCUCUGAGGAGGUGCUUGCUAUUGAUGCCUGCGAGCCCCCAGCAAACAUCCGUAUCACGGAAGUCACAAAGAACUCAGUCAGCCUGGCAUGGCAGAGGCCUCCAUUUGACGGUGGCAGCAAGAUUACGGGCUAUAGUGUGGAGAGGAGGGAAGCUCCCAAUGGAAGAUGGGUGAAGGCUAACUUUACAAACGUCAUUGAGCUGGGCUUCACUGUAUCUGGACUGACCCAGGAUGAGUCUUAUGAGUUCAGAGUGUAUGCCAAGAAUGCUGUGGGGUCUGUCAGCAACCCAUCUCUCAUUGCCGGCCCGGUUACUUGUGUUGACGCAUGUGGUGCCCCAGCUAUUGACCUUCCUCCAGAGUAUCUGGAUGUGGUUCAGUACAAGGCUGGAGCAUCAGUUAAGCUUAGAGUCGGAAUCAUUGCGAAGCCUCUUCCCACCAUCGAGUGGCUCAAGGAUGGAAAGGAGCUGGUAACAACCUCUACUGUAUCUGCCGAAAGCACAACAGACUCUUCUGCUGUUCUGAUCAAGGAUGCAACUCGCCUUGACACAGGCUCAUAUGAGGUCAAGAUCAAGAACGUUCUGGGAUCAGCGUCCGCAACCAUCAGGAUUGAAAUCCUAGAUAAACCUGGACCCCCACCCGGCAUCAUUAACUUUAACUCCGUCACAGCCGAAAAAAUCAUCUUCAGCUGGGAACCUGUGCCUGAGUCUGAUCAGGGUGGUUCCAAGGUGACUCACUACAUUGUUGAGCGUCGUGAAACCAGCCGAGUGGUCUGGUCGACAGUUUCAGACAAGCACGAGCAGACACACGUCGCUGUGGGCAAGCUGGUGCGUGGAAAUGAAUAUGUGUUCCGUGUCAUGGCUGUUAAUAAGUAUGGAGUUGGAGAGCCACUGGAGUCAGAGCCUGUCAUCGCUAAGAAUGCUUUCGUAACUCCUGGCCAGCCUCGUACUCCUGAAGUGAACAUCAUCACCAAGACCACGAUGGUGGUAGAAUGGGACAAACCAGGUGUAGAUGGAGGUAGCCUUGUGACUGGCUACUACCUGGAGAGGCGUGACAAGAAGAGCUUGCGCUGGAUCAGAGUUUACAAAGACCCUGUCACUGACAUCAAACAGACCGUCUACCACCUGACAGAAGGAAAUGAGUACCAAUAUCGGGUCUGCGCUAUUAACAAGGCUGGAGAGGGACCGUUCUCUGAUGCAUCAGACUACUACAAGGCUGCUGACCCAGUUGAUCCACCAGAUGAGCCUUGCAAGCUGAAGGUGGUGGACUCCACCAAGACAUCCAUCACCUUCGGCUGGUCUAAGCCAGAAUGGGAUGGAGGCAGUGAGGUCACAAGCUACAUGGUGGAGAAACUUGUUGAGGGAGAGGAAGAGUGGGCUAUGAUUACCUCCAAGGGAGAGGUCAAGACAACAGAGUACACGGUUCAUGACUUAAAACCAGAUGUCAACUAUUUCUUCAGAGUUUCUGCUGUCAACUGUGCUGGCCGUGGCGAGCCUCUGGAGAUGACAGAACCUGUACAGGCGAAGGAUAUCCUGGAGGAGGCCCAGAUUGACUCAGAUGUGGCCAUGAGAACUCACUACAUUGUGAAGGCUGGCAAGGAUGUGGAGCUUUCUGUUCCUCUGAAGGGUAGACCUGCUCCCACUGCUUCGUGGAGCAAGGGAGAAGAAUGCAUUGAUCGCAACCCUAAAUAUGAGUUCCACCACUCAGACACAACCACAGUCCUUGUCAUGCGUGAAGUGACCAGGCUUGACACUGGAAAGUACACAGUCAAGAUAGAGAACGGUGUGGGAGAGCCCAAGACAUUGACCCUGUCCGUGAAAGUCCAGGAUACCCCAGCUCAGUGCAGAAACCUGGUUCUGAAGGACGUGACCCGUGGAAAGGUUACUCUCUGCUGGGAACCGCCACUCCUCGACGGUGGUGCCGAGAUCACUAACUACAUUGUUGAGAAGAGGGAUUCCUCCAAGAGAUCAUUCUCCGCAGUGACAAGCAAAUGCACAGACACAACAUAUACCAUUGAAGAUCUCUCUGAGAAGACAUCCUUCUUCUUCCGUGUGUUAGCAGAAAAUGAGAAUGGUAUUGGUGAUCCAUGUGACACACUUGAACCUGUGAAGGCCACGGAGACUCCAGGACCAGUGAAGGAGGUCUCUAUGAAGGAUUCAUCAAAGACAUCUGUCACUCUGCAGUGGCUAAAGCCCGAUUAUGAUGGUGGCAGCAUCAUCUCUGACUAUAUCAUUGAGAAGAAGCUUAAGGAUGAGGAAUGGUCACUGGGAGGAACCAGCAGACAGUGUGAGCUUGAAGUCAAGAAACUCAAGGAGCACUCAAACAUGUUCUUUAGAGUAGCUGCCAGGAACGAGAAGGGACAGAGUGACUUUGUGGAGAUUGGGCCUAUCAAGGUCAUUGACUACAUUAUCACACCGGAGGCAAGCCUUGCAGAAUACCCAGAUGGCAGCAUCAGUGUUCGCCUGGGUCACAACGUGCACAUCGAGCUUCCAUACAAAGGCAAACCCAGACCUUCUGUUCUGUGGCUGAAGGACAACCUGCCUCUGAAGGAGAGUGACCAAGUACGCUUCAAGAAGACAGAAAACAAAGCCACUCUAAUGAUCAAGAAUGUGAAGAAGGAGAAUGAGGGUAAAUACACUCUGACUCUUGACAAUAAGGUCAACAGAAGAUCCUUCCACAUCCAUGUCAUCACACUUGGACCACCAUCAAAGCCUGUUGGGCCCAUCCGACUCGAUGAAAUCAGAGCUGAGAGUAUCAUAAUCUCCUGGGAUGAACCCAAUGACGAUGGCGGUGGAUAUAUCACCUGCUACACUGUGGAGAAACGUGACACCUCCCAGCCUGACUGGAAGAUGGCUUGCUCCAGUGUAGAGGGUACUCAAUUCAAGGUCCCCAACCUGAUCAAGGGUGUCCAGUACCAGUUCAGAGUUUGUGCUGAGAACAGGUAUGGUGUGAGCGAGCCUCUGAUCUCACAGAUGGUCAUCGCCAAGCACCAGUUCAGGCCUCCAGGCCCGCCGGGCAAGCCUGUUGUGUACAAUGUCACCAACGAUGGAAUGACCAUCCAGUGGGAGAAGCCCAUCUAUGACGGCGGUACCCCCAUUCAGGGCUACCAUGUGGAGAAGAAGGAAAAGAACAGCAUAAUGUGGCAAAAGGUGAACACUGUGCUAAUCAAAGAAACUGACUACAGGAUUCUGGAACUCAUUGAAGGUCUUGAGUACUCCUUCAGAGUCUAUGCCCAGAAUGAUGCUGGCUUCAGCCGAAUGAGCGAUGAAAGCAAGCCAACCAUGGCUGUCAGUCCUGUUGAUCCUCCUGGCCAGCCCGACUACACUGAUGUGACCAGUGACUCAGUGACACUGAAAUGGGAUGCGCCCAAACGGGAUGGUGGUAGCAAGAUUGCCGGGUACAACAUUGAGAAACGGCAAGGACAUGGCCGCUGGUUCAAGGCUAACUUGACUGAUGUACACGACUGUCAGUACACUGUCACUGGAUUGGCGACGAAUGAACGCUAUGAAUUCAGAGUUAUCGCCAGAAACGCCAUUGGUGUUGUCAGUCCUCCCUCCAAUUCUUCUGGCUUGAUUGUUGUCAGAAGUGAGAAUGCUGUUCCCAAUAUUGAGUUUGGCCCAGAGUACUUCGAGGGCUUGACAGUCAAGGCAGGAGAUAACAUCAGACUGAGGGUGACCAUCACUGGACGCCCAGUUCCUAAGGUUGUCUGGUACAGAGACGGUGUGGAGGUUACCAAAAAGAUGAUGGACAUUAUCAACGUAGCUGGAUCCAGCACGCUGUUUGUCAGGGAUGCUGACCGUACACACCGUGGCCUCUAUACUGUAGAGGCUACCAAUGGAUCUGGAAGCAAGAAGGAGAACAUCCUUGUUCAAGUUCAAGACACACCUGGGGAGCCAGUGGGACCCAUCACUUUCACUAACAUCUCAGAAGGCAAGUGCACUCUGUCGUGGAACCCACCAGAGAACGAUGGCUGCUCUGAGAUUUCGCAUUACAUCAUUGAGAAGCGUGAGACUGCCAAGAUCUCUUGGGCCUUGGUGUCUGAUGAAUGUAAGGAGUGCACUUUCAAUGCAACCAAGCUCAUCAAGACCAACGAGUACCAGUUUAGGGUCUCUGCUGUUAACAAGUUUGGAGUUGGCAGACCUUUGGAAUCCAGCCCUAUCAUUGCACAGCUGCAAUACACUACACCUGAAGCUCCAGGCACUCCCGACGCCACUGAGGUGACAGGAGAGAGCAUCACCCUCUCCUGGACUCCUCCAACAUCUGACGGAGGAAAUCCCAUUCAAUACUACAUCCUGGAGAAACGAGAAAAGAAGACCAUCCGGUUCUACAAGGUGAUUACCAAGAAGCCCAUUGUUGAAUGUGCUCACAAGGUGCUUCACCUGACAGAAGAUAUGGAAUAUGAGUUCCGUGUCAUGGCCGUGAAUGACGCUGGUGUUGGAGCUCCUAGCAACAUCUCCAUGCCUAUCAAAGCUGCCGAGCCAAAAGAUAUUCCUUGUGCUCCAUCUGUGGUCUGUGUGUCUGACUCCACCAACACCUCCAUCAGUCUGGAAUGGAGCAAACCUGCAGAUGAUGGAGGCAUGGAGAUCCUGGGCUACAUUAUUGAAAUGGUGAAGGGAGAAGAAACGGAAUGGAAGAGAGUAAAUGAGGAGCUGGUGGCAGAAACAAAUUAUGUGGUAACUGGUCUGCAGAUGGGAGCGGAGUACAGGUUCCGCGUCGCAGCUGUCAAUCACGUGGGCAGGGGUGAGGAAAAGGAGACUCCUGAGCCUGCUCAGGCUGUAGACAGGCUAACACCACCACAAGUGGACAUUGAUGCCACCUUCAAGCAGACACACAUUGUCAAGGCUGGAGGUUCGGUGUGCUUGGGCAUCCAUUUCAGAGGAAAGCCCAUCCCCACUGCCACCUGGGUGAAAGAGGAAGGAGAGCUGGGUGUCAUGUCAGAGAUCACAACUACAGACGGCUAUAGUUCUCUAAGUAUUGAAAACUGCUCUAGAAAUGAUACAGGAAAAUACUCUGUUAACCUGGAAAACAGCAGCGGCAGCAAGGCCAUUACAUUCACUGUAAAGGUGAUGGACACUCCUGGACCUCCACAGGCUGUCGCCUUCAAAGAGGUGUCCAGAGGCUCAGUCACACUUACCUGGGAGCCUCCUCUGAACGACGGUGGGGCCCGGAUCCAUCACUAUAUUGUUGAGAGGCGUGAGGCCAGCCGCCGCACUUGGCAGCAGUCUGGGGGCAAGUGCACACAGCACAUCCUGAAGAUCCAGGACCUUCUGGAGGGAGUGCCAUACUUCUUCAGAGUCUCAGCUGAGAACCACCAUGGCGUGGGUGAAGCAUUUGAGCUGACUGAGCCUGUCAUUGCCACUGCAGAGCCAGCAUCUCCAAAGAGAUUGGAUAUUCUGGACACCACAGACAACUCUGUGUCUUUGGGCUGGCUGAAACCUGAACAUGAUGGCGGCAGCCGCAUCCAGUGUUACGUCAUUGAGGCAAAGCCAAAGGGUACCGACAAAUGGGUCAUGGUUGGCAACACCAAGAAUCUCAUCUAUGUUGUUGAAAAGCUCAACAAGGGUGAUGAGUAUGACUUCCGUGUGAAAGCUAAGAAUGAAGCUGGCUACAGCAAGCCCAGGGAAAGUCUGGCUCCUGUGCUGGUCAAAGAGCCUCAUAUUGAACCUGCUGCUGACCUAAGUGAGAUUACCAACCAGCUGAUCACAUGCAGGUCAGGCAGCACCUUUACCAUCGAUGUUCCCAUCAGUGGUAGACCUGCUCCUAAAGUCACCUGGAAGUUGGAGGAGAUGAGGCUGAAGAGCUCAGACAGAGUCUCCGUCAAAGUAACUAAGAACGGAACCAGCAUCUCAGUCAAGGAGGCCAUGAGAGGAGAUGGUGGUAAAUACUACCUGACUCUGGAGAAUGUGGCUGGAACCAAGACCUUCACUAUAGAAGUUAAUGUCACAGGUAGACCCAGUCCUCCAACUGGACCCAUCGAAAUCUCGUCCAUCACCUCUGAGUCCUGCGUCAUUAACUGGCAACCACCAGAGGACGAUGGUGGCACUGACAUUACCAACUACAUUGUGGAGAAGCGUGAAUCUGGUUCCACAGCCUGGCAGCUGAUCAAUUCCAGCGUAAAACGCACAUCUCUCCACGUCAGUCACCUGACCAAGUACAUGCAGUACACGUUCAGGGUGUCUGCUGAGAAUAGAUUUGGUGUCAGCAAGCCCACUGAGUCUGAGACUAUUGUUGCAGAGCAUCCUUUCACACCUCCUGGCCCACCAACAAGGCCUUCAGUCUUCAACGUCACUGCCAACACAAUGACCCUGAAAUGGGAGGAGCCCUACAAUGAUGGUGGAAGCAAAGUGACAGGCUACUGGAUUGAGAAGAAGGAGAGGAACAAUAUCCUGUGGGUGAGGGAGAAUAAGAUCCCUUGCUUUGAGUGCUACUACAAGAUGGAAGGUCUAGUUGAAGGCCUGGAGUACCAGUUCAGAGUAUACGCCAUGAACAGUGCUGGGCUGAGCAAAGCCAGCGAGGCCUCUAAGGGAGCAGUUGCCCAAAACCCAGUUGAUCCACCGAGUAAGCCAGAAGUCACCAACGUUACAAGAACCACAGUCUCCCUCAAAUGGUCGGCUCCGCUGAACGAUGGUGGCAGUCCCAUUGUGGGCUACAUCAUCGAGCGUAAGCCGUAUACUUUGACCGGUGAGGGCCGCUGGCUCAAGUGUAACUACACCAAUGUGACAGACAACUUCUACACUGUUACUGCCCUCGGAGAGGGAGAGCCCUACGAGUUCAGAGUCAUCGCCAAGAAUGCCAACCAGGUCUUCAGUACGCCGUCAGAGUCCACUGGAUCCGUUCAGUGCAAAACAGACUUUGAGCCUCCAAAGGCCCAGCUGGACAGCAAACUUUUGUCUGAAACUGUAAUGGUCAGAGCCGGUUCAGACCUGGUCCUGGAUGCUGCAGUGGGAGGCAGGCCUGACCCCAAGGCUUCCUGGUCCAAGGGCAACAGGGAGCUGGAGUUGUGUGAAAAGUACCACCUGCAGUACACCCCCACCAAAGCCAUGGCUGUCAUCAAAUUCUGUGACAGAGAUGACACUGGAAAGUAUAUCCUCACAGUCAGGAACGUUAGCGGAACGAAGACCGCUGAGGUCAACGUCAAAGUGCUCGAUACACCCGGGGUGUGUGAAGGCAACAUUGAGAUCAGCAAAAUCACUGAGGAGUCAUGCACUCUGAGCUGGAAGCCUCCUCUCGAGGACGGAGGCGAUGAGGUCUCCCACUACAUUGUGGAGAGGCGUGACACCAACAGGCUCAACUGGGUCAUCAUGCAUGCCAAGUGCAAGGAGCUGACCUGCAAUAUCACUGGGCUGUUUAAGAACACUGAGUACCUCUUCAGGGUCCGGGGAGUCAACAAGUACGGAGAAGGAGUGUACCUGCAGUCAGAGCCCAUGGUUGCCAGGAACACGUUCAGUGUGCCAACUCCUCCUGGCGCUCCAGAGAUCCUGGCAUCAGGAAAAGACUUCGCCACCAUCCAGUGGCUGAAGCCAGAGAGUGAUGGCGGCAGCCCGUUGAUCCACUACCUGGUGGAGAGGCGUGAGAGAAAGAGCGCCCGCUGGGUGAAGGUGAAUCGGGAUGGAGCUCACCUGGACACCACACUGAAGGUGUCUGGUUUGACCGAAGGCAACAUCUACCAGUUCAGAGUGACGGCCAUCAACAAGGCCGGAGAGAGCGAAGCCAGCGAGGUUUCUCUGUAUGUUGUCUGCAGAGUGCCAACAUGCACACCCGCUCCUCCUUCUAUCCCUCGUAUCACCGACACGCACGCGGACAGCAUCAGCUUGGCCUGGUCCCGCCCCAUAGAGGAUGGAGGAGCUGAUGUGAUGGCCUACAUCCUGGAGAUGCAGGACGCUGGAGCAGAAGAAUGGAAGAAGGCCCACGAAAAGACCCUACGCGCCACAGAGUAUGUGGUGACCGGACUUUCUGCAGGCAAGAAGUACUGCUUCAGAGUGGCUGGCAUCAACAUCAAUGGUACAGGAGACUUCAGCGAACCCUGUGCUGAGACUGAGCCAGUGGAGAGAAUUGAAACACCUGACUUUGAGCUCCACGAUGACCUAAAGAAGACCAUCUGCUUACGCGCCGGUGGCUCCCUUCGCCUAUUUGUCAAUGUCACUGGUCGUCCCACUCCUGCCAUCACUUGGAGCAAGCCAGGUGUUGACCUGCACAACAGAGGAUUCAUCGAAGUCACCAACACGUCCACCACACUCAUCAUCGAUAAGGUCCACCGCUAUGAUGCUGGCAAGUACACGCUGGUGGCUGAAAACUCUGCAGGGAAACAGGAAGUCAACAUUCUGGUCAAGGUCUAUGACACUCCUGGACCAACUGGACCAAUCAAGAUCAAGGAGCUGACCAAAGACUCUACCACUAUCUCUUGGGAAGCCCCAGCUGUAGAUGGUGGUGCUCCUGUCAACAACUACAUCAUUGAGAGGCGUGAGGCUUCCAUGAGAGCCUACAAGACGGUCACCGCCAAGUGCAGCAAGACAUUCUACAAGAUUGAUGGAUUGAUGGAGGGCAUGCUGUAUUAUUUCCGAGUCCUCCCUGAGAACAUUUAUGGAAUUGGAGAGCCCUGUGAGACUCCUGACGUUAUCCUGGUUUGCGAGGUGCCUUUGCCACCGCACAAGCUGGAGGUGAUUGAUGUCACCAAGAGCUCUGUCACCCUGGGAUGGGAGAAACCUGAGCAUGACGGUGGCAGCAGAUUGACAGGCUACGUCAUUGAGGCCUGCAAGUUCGGCACUGAUAAGUGGAUGAAGGUGGCCACGCUGAAGCUCACAGACUUCGAGCACACCAUUGAGAAGCUGAAUGAAAAUGAACAAUACUUGUUCAGAAUCAGAGCAGUCAACAGCAGAGGAGCCAGUGAGCCCAAAGAGCUUGUUGCAGCCAUCACUGUACAGGAACAGAGAGUAAUGCCCACGGUAGACUUCUCCAGCAUUCCUCAGAAAGUUGUCAAUGUCCUGGCAGGCAAGACUUUGGAGCUGGAACUGCCCAUCAUCGGCAGGCCUCCUCCCAUCUGCUCCUGGUAUUUCAGAGACAACAGGGUAAAAAUCACAGACCGUGUCAAGAUCAAGAGCACCGGCAAGUUCUCCAGACUGACCGUGUCUGAUACCACCAUUGAAGACACAGGUGACUACACCCUGGAGGUGAAGAAUGCCGUCGGUGUCAUCACAGAGGUCAUCAAGAUCAUCAUCCUCUCUAAACCUGAUGAACCAAGUGGAGCCAUCAGGUUUGAUGAGAUUGAUGCCACCACUGUCACCUGCAGCUGGGAUCCUCCUGUCAGAGAUGGCGGAGCUCCCAUCAGUGGCUACGUGGUGGAACAGCGUGACGCUCACAGACCUGGCUGGGUGCCCAUCUGUGACGCUGUUAGCCGACCAACCUUCAAGUUUGAGAACCUGAUUGAGGGAGAUGAGUAUGUCUUCCGUGCAGCUGCCGUGAAUCGCUACGGCACUGGAGAGUUCCUACAAUCUGAGAUCGUCACCUGCAGAAGCUUGAAGAAUGUGCCUGGACCACCUGGCCGUCCAACCAUCUUUGAUGUUUCUCGAGAUGGCAUGACUGUGGCCUGGAACCCGCCAGAUGAAGACGGUGGCCUUGAAGUGUCCGGAUACAUUGUUGAGCGCAAAGAAGUCAGGUCUGACAGAUGGGUGCGAGCCAACAAGAACCCCAUCACCAUGACCAGAUACAGGUCGACAGAGCUGAUCGAGGGCCUGGAGUAUGAACACAGAAUCACUGCCAUCAAUGCCAGAGGACUGAGCAAACCAAGUCUGCCAUCCAAACCAGCAGUUGCAACAGAUCCCAUUGAUCCACCUGGCUGUCCUCAGAACCCGAGGAUCACUGAUACCACCAAGUCCUCUGUGUCUUUGGCUUGGAGUCCUCCCGACGAUGAGGGAGACGCAAGAGUGGACGGUUAUUUGAUUGAGAUGCAGAAGGUGGGUACUAUGGCCUGGAUCAAGUGCAACACCACACCAUCUCUGAUCUGCGAGUACACGCUGACUAACAUGCCACAAGGAGAGGAGUUCAAAUUCCGUGUGAUGGCUUGCAAUGCCGGCGGCUCUGGAGAGCCUGCUGAAGUGCCUGGAACUGUCACUGUGACUGAGAUGCUUGAAUCCCCUGACUAUGACCUGGAGCUGAAAUACAAAGAUGUUUACGUGGUCCGUCAAGGAGGAGUGGUCAGGCUCUCUGUACCCAUCAAGGGUAAACCUCACCCAGUCUGCAAGUGGUUGAAGGAUAGCGGUGCAGUCUCCACCAAGGCUAUGAUUGCCUCCUCCGAGGAUGCCAGUGAGCUGGUGAUCAAGGGAGCUGAGAGGAGUGACUCUGGUCUGUAUGACCUCCUCCUGGAGAAUAAGGUUGGCAAGAAGAAGGCCCAAAUUAAAGUGAAGGUCAUCGGCCGCCCCAGCGCUCCAGAGGGACCACUUGUCUUUGAAGAGAUCCAGGCCAACUCUGUCAAGGUGUCCUGGAAGGCACCCACUGAUGACGGCGGUUCAGAGAUCCUGGGUUACAUAGUGGAAAGACGUGAGGCAGCUAGAAAUGCCUGGUACACUGUGGACUCCAGAGUGACUGACACUCAGCUAAUUGUCAAGGGCCUGAAGGAGGGAACAGAGUACCACUUCAAGGUCACAGCUGAAAACUCCUUCGGUAUUAGUGCCUCUCUGAAGUCAGAGCAGCCACUGGUGCCCAAGACUCCUCUUUGUCCUCCCGAGCCUUCAAGCACCCCACUGGAGAUCAUGGAUGUCACCAAGAGCUCUGUUGCAUUGGCCUGGUCCAGGCCAAAGGAUGACGGUGGCUCUGCCAUUACUGGCUACUUUGUUGAGUACAAGGUGGUGUCCACCGAGACGUGGUCCCGCCACCAGACCAAGAUCACCUCUACCAUGUUUACACUGCCUGGACUCACCCCUGAUGCAGACUACCAGUUCCGCAUUGUGGCUGUCAACGACAUCGGUGAGAGCGAGUCUGGUCCAGUAUCGGACCCAGUCACCUGCAAGGAUCCAUUUGACAAGCCAAGUCAACCAGGCGAGAUCGACACAGUGAACGUGACGAACAACUUCAUCACCAUCCGCUGGCAAGCUCCAGAGUGCGACGGUGGAAAAGAGGUCCUUGGCUACUGGGUUGAGUACAGGAAAUCAAUUGAGAGCACCUGGAAGAAGUGCAACAAGCAGAGGCUGAAGGAAAAGGAGUUCACCCAACCUGGACUGGCUGAGGCCACAGAGUACGAGUUCAGAGUGUUUGCUGAAAAUGAGACAGGAAUGAGCAGACCUCGUAGGACUGCCACAUGCAUCAAGACCAAACUGAGUGUUGAAACUAAACCAAGCCUGAGAAAGGAAAUGGAUGAAACAACUGCCAAGCUUGGCCAGCCUGCUGUCAUGAAGUGCCAGAUUAUUGGCAGGCCCGUCCCUGACAUCAAGUGGUAUCAUACUGGCAAAGAGAUUGUUGAGUCCCGCAAGUACGAGAUGAGUUCUGAUGGCCGUAACCACUCCCUGUCCAUCAUGACUGACCAACAAGAGGAUGAGGGAGAGUACACCUGCAAGGCCAUCAAUGAAGCUGGAGAAGCUGAGACCACAGGCAUCCUGGUACUGGAGGCUGCUCCAUCCUUCCACCCCGACUACCCAUUGAAGGAAACCUACUACGCUGGCCUGGGAACCACCCUGCGCAUCCAUGCUGUGUACAUUGGCCGUCCUGAGCCAAAGAUCAUGUGGCUGCAUGGGGCAAAGACCCUGGAGAACACAGAAGACAUCAGCAUUGAGACCACCGAGCACUACACACACCUGGUCAUUAAGAAUGUGCAGCGCAGAGUCCAUGGAGGAAAAUACAGGAUCAGACUGCACAACCACUUUGGCCGGGCUGAUACUGCGUUCAAUGUUGAGAUCUAUGACAAACCUGAUAUGCCUCAGGGUCCCAUCGUCCUGGACGCCCUCCUGAAAAAUUCUGUCAUCAUCAGCUGGAAGGCUCCCAAGGAUGACGGAGGUUGUAUGAUCACCAACUACAUCGUGGAGAAGCGUGAAGACAAGGAGGGCACAGAGUGGGAGCUGGUGUCAUCAUCCAUUAAUGGCACCUCUUGCCGCGUCCCUAACCUUAUUGACAGUGCCGGAUACUUCUUCCGUGUGUACGCCCAGAAUCGCUAUGGCAACAGUGAGCCACUGGAGCUCACUUCACCUAUUCUUAUUAAGAGCCAGCUGGAGAAACCAUCACCACCUCUGUCGCCAGUUGUGUCUGGAAUCACCAAGGACUCCUGUGUUGUUUCCUGGAAGCCCCCGCUCAGCGAUGGUGGCUCCAAGAUCAAGAGCUAUUGUCUCGAGAAGAAGCACAAGAAGGACAAGAAGGAAUGGACUGAAUGGACUCCAGUGACCACAGAUGAGAUCAAACAGACAGUGUUCUCCGUCAAGCGUCUGACCGAGGGUGUUGAGUACAUCUUCCGUGUGAAGUGCGAGAACCUCGGAGGACAGAGUGACUACAGCGAGGAGACCGCUCCCAUCAUUCCUGCCACAGCUGUCGAGAUCCGUGCUCCUGCCUUCAAGGAGGAGCUGAGGAACAUGAGCGUCAAGUACAAGAGCAAUGCUACCCUUGUCUGUAAGAUCACAGGACAGCCCAAGCCUGUGAUUAAAUGGUUCAGACGAGGAAAGGAGAUCCAUUCUGAUGGAAAAAAGAUCAAGAUCCAGGAGUUCAAGGGAGGCUACCACCAGCUGGUCAUCACCGAGGCUGAUGAAGAAGACUCCACUGUGUACCAGAUCAGAGCUACCAACCAGGGAGGCUCCAUCUGUGCAACAGUCUCUCUGGAUGUUGAAAUCCCUGCAAAGAUCAACCUGCCAAAGAACCUGAAGGACAAGGAAGCCAUCCCUGCCCUGCGUGGAGAGGUGGUCAAUAUCAAGAUUCCUUUUGGUGGGAAACCAGAUCCUGUCAUUACAUGGCAGAAGGGACAAGAUCUCAUUGACAGCAAUGGCCACUACCAGGUCAUCGUCACCAGGUCGUUCACUUCUUUGGUGUUCCCCAACGGAGUGGAGAAGAAGGAUGCUGGUUUCUACAUCGUCUGUGCCAAGAACAGAUUUGGCAUUGACCAGCAGACAGUUGAGCUGGAUGUGGCGGAUGUGCCUGAUCCUCCACGUGGUGUCAAAGCUAGUGAUGUCUCCAGAGAUUCAGUCACACUGAACUGGGUAGCCCCAGCAAAUGAUGGCGGAAGCAAAGUCGUCAGCUACAUCAUUGAAAAGUGCCCAACCACUGCUGAGAGGUGGGAGCGUGUUGCCCAGUCCCGUGACACCCGCUACACCGUUAUCAAUCUCUUUGGAGGAACCAGCUAUCAGUUUAGAGUCAUUGCUGAGAAUAAGUUUGGACAGAGUGCUCCAUCAGAGACCAGUGGACCUGUCAUGACCAAGGAGGAUAAGUCCAGAGUUCUGCUCUAUGACAGGGAGGUUGACGAUUCUGGACAUGUUCCCAAGGGCAAGGCUCAACACUCUGAUGCCAAGAAUCUGCAUAACAAAUAUGCUAUUGCAGAGGAAUUGGGCAGAGGUCAGUUUGGCAUUGUCCACCGCUGUGUUGACAUCAGCUCUGAGAAGACAUACAUGGCUAAAUUCAUUAAAGUGAGAGGUGCUGAUCAAGCAGUAGUCAAGAAGGAAAUUGCAACACUGAACCUGGCCAAACACACCAACUACCUCCUCCUCCAAGAGUCUUUUGACAGCCCUGAGGAGCUGGUUAUUAUCUAUGACUUCAUCUCUGGUGCUGACAUCUUUGAGCGCCUCAGCACCACUGAGUUUGAGCUCAGCGAGCGUGAGAUUGUCAACUACAUCAGGCAGAUCUGCUCAGCUCUUGAAUUCCUGCACACUCAGAGCUAUGGACACUUUGAUAUCAGACCCGAGAACAUUGUGUACACAACUAGAACCAGCUCUAAUGUGAAGAUUAUUGAGUUGGGCCAGUCCAGACACCUGACACCUGGAGACCAAAUCAAGAUUCAGUAUACCACUGCAGAGUAUGCCGCCCCUGAGAUCCACCAGUGUGACAUGGUUAGCACUGUCACUGACAUGUGGUCAGUUGGUGUCCUUGCCUAUGUACUCCUCAGUGGACUUAACCCAUUCACAGCUGAAACCAACCAACAGAUGAUUGACAACAUCUCCAAUGCAGCCUACAGCUACGAUGAUGAGUCCUUCAUGCAGGUCAGCGUUGAGGCAUUAGACUUCACAGACCGCCUAAUGACAAAGGAAAGGAAACACCGUAUGACUGCCGCAGAGGCUGUGGCGCAUCCUUGGCUCGCCAAGCCUGCAGAGGAGAUUAGCGCCAGAGCGAUCCCAACCGGCAGGCAUAAGCGAUACUAUCAGACAAUGGUGAGGAAAGAGUGGGGCACUGUUGUGUCUGCAGCCCGUGUGGCCAGUGGUGGCUCCAUCAGGUCCCAGCGUGGCGUCUUUGUCGCCAAGGUGAAGAUUGCACCAUUUGAACACGGUCCUGUUGCAGGCCAGAUUGGCCAUGCAGUGGUGAAUGAGGGAGACAGUGUGAAAUUCAUCUGCAACAUUGACAACUAUGAUAGCACUACUGAAGUGACAUGGUACUGCGGUGUGAGGCAGCUUGAAGCUGGAGACAAAUAUGAAAUUGAAUAUGAGGAUGGUCUGGCUGUAAUCACCAUCAACAAGGUCACGAGAGCAGAUGAUGGCACUUACAGAUGCAAGGUUGUGAAUGAGUAUGGUGAAGACAGUGCCUAUGCGGAGCUGUUUAUCAACGGCGUUAGAUCUUACCGUGACUUCUUCACCACCCGUGUGGUCAAGAGAACAAAGCGCAGAGUUGACACUGCCAGAAUGCUUCAGAAACCUCCAGAGUUCACCCUUCCUCUGGUCAACCGUACAGCCUAUAUUGGUGAGGAUGUGCGCUUUGGCGUCACCAUCACUGUUCACCCCGAGCCACGUGUCAUCUGGCACAAAUCAGGACAGAAACUUAUCCCUGGACAUGAUGACAGGAAAUAUACCUUCAUUAGUGACAAGGGUCUGUACCAGCUGAUUAUCCACAAACUUGAGGAGGAGGAUGAUGCUGAAUACAGCGUUGUGGCCCGUAACAGGUACGGUGAUGACAGCUGCAAGGCUCGUCUUACUGUUGUUCCUCGACCUAAACCAGCAGACCUCACCCUGAGACCCAUGUUCAAACGCCUGCUUGCAAAUGUGGAAUGCAAGGAGGGCCAGAACGUGCGCUUUGAGAUCAGAGUAUCAGGCCAUCCUGCGCUGAAGUGGGAGAAGGAUGGCACACCUUUAGCCUUUGGACCAUCUAUUGAAGUUGUCCAUGAGGGUCUGGAUUACUUCAUCCUUCACGUGAGAGACACUCUCCCUGAGGACUCUGGCAUAUACAGAGUUACUGCUACCAACUCAGCUGGAUCUGCCAGCUGCCAGGCCACGCUCAAAGUAGAGCGCGCCAUUCAUGUAAAGAAGGAAUAUGAAACCAGUGAAAAGGAGAAGGAAAAGGUAUCUGGAAAGGAGGAAUUAGACAAAAAGGUGAGGCUGUCUCAAAUUUUGACUGGCACUGUGGUUACACCUCUACCACCCGCAGCAGUACAAGCUGUAAGGGAGGCAGCCACUAUGUUCAAACCUGCUGUGACAACUAAAAAGGGUGAGAAGACUGAGGCUGAGAUACAGAAAGAACAAGAGGAGAGGAAGAAGCGUGCAGACGAGAAGAGGCUGCGUAUGCCCUACGUCGUCCCCACUCCUCGUGUCAUUAACCCAGCUGUUCUUGAGGAGGACGUGGAAAUAAAACACUUCAAGCCAUUCUCUGACAUGAAAUGGUACAAAAAGCUGCGGGAUCAGUAUGAGUUCCCUGAGCCUAUGGAUAAAAUCAAGCAGAAGAGGAUGAAGCGUAUUCGCCUCUCGAGGUGGGAGCAGUUCUAUGAAGUGCCAAUCAGGAUCAAGGACCAGUAUAAGCCUAAGUGGCGCAUCUCAUCCAUGACUCAGGAUGACUUGGAGACUGUGAGGCCUGCAAGGCACCGCACUCCUUCACCUGAGAUGGAAGCUUACCACAGGAUUAGGAGGAGGUCCCUGGGUGACCUGUCAGACGAGGAACUGCUGCUGCCUGUGGGUGAGUAUCUGUCGAUGAAGAGAACGGAGGAGGAGAGACUGCGUCUGGAGGAUGAGCUGGAGCUUGGCUACUCUGCUUCUCCACCUAGCCUCAGCCCGGUCCGCUUUGAGCUCUCUGCCUUGCGCCCCUCAUCUCCUAGAAGAGUCUGCAGUGAUGAUGAAGAGGGAGAAGACGUCCACAGAUAUGACUCCUAUAGGAUUCCAUCGAAAUAUGAAGCUGGCCCAAGUUUUGUUGAUCUCCGCCAGCGUCACGACAAAGCCACAUACAAACCUCCAAGACAGAAGCAGAGGGUGUAUGAGGAGAGAGAAGAUCAGGAACUGCUUCGCCCACACACAACUGUUCAGAGAAUCUCCUCUUACAAGAGUGAACUCAAACGCAUGGAGUUUGAGGAGAAAACACGAGCCUCCAAAAAGGAAACAACUGUCACUGUUGCGACAGUCUCUGAGGGCGCUGAAUCUGAGCACCUGACAGCCUUUACCUCAGAAUAUAUUCCUAAACCAAUUAAGAAGCUCCCAGUGACUGAGCCAGAAAAAUCUCCUACCCCAGAAAAGGCUGUGAAGACAGACGUGACCCUUCCUAGAGUUGACUUUGCAUCCAGGUAUGAGGAGAGGAAGCAGGCCCUAAGAUCAGAGAGAAGAUCAGUGGAGAGGAAGGUUGAGGUGGUGACACAGGCUCCCUUCAGCCUUGACCAUGCCCCGCGUAUUACCGUCAGGAUGCGAUCUCAUCGCGUACCCUAUGGCUCCCACACAAAGUUCACCCUGAAUGUCCAGGCCAAACCAGACCCUGAGGUCAAAUGGUUCCACAAUGGAAGAGAGAUUCAUCAAAGCAGCAAAUACCACAUAACUAAUAUCAGUGGAGUUCUCACCCUCCAGAUCAUCAACUGUGUGACCGAAGAUGCCGGCACAUACCGUGUGGUCUGCAAGAACACCAAAGGAGAGACUUCUGACUAUGCCACAUUAGAUGUAGCAGGAGCAGAAUAUGCUGCCUUCUCUUCACUCCGCAAGGAUGAGGAGCCCCCAUCCUCCCAUCUGCCAGAAAUGACCAGAACAGAGGUGUAUCACGUCUCCUCAUCUAAAACAACAGAGAAGGAAACUGUGAAAGAGACCACCACUGUUGUUGAAAAGCCAAGGGAGAAGCCUGGUGCUCCUGCCACGAUCCUGACCAAACCACAGUCUCUGACUGUGGAGGAGGGAGACCUAGCCAGAUUUGAGUGUGAUGUGGCUGGUGAACCGGCACCUUCUAUCACGUGGAUACAUGAAGGAGCAACUGUUGGUUCCACUGCCCGUCACCACAUUGUCUCCACUCAAUACAGCUCCUCCUUCGAGAUCUCUGCCGUUGAGAUGUCAGAUGAAGGCAGCUACACUCUGCUGGUGGAAAAUGCUGGAGGCAAACAAGAAGCCCAUUUCACUCUGACGAUCCGCAAGUCUGAGUCCAAGGAGAAAGUAGUUGCCCCUCCCAGAGUCACCUCUCCAGAAGCUAAGUCUCCUCUCGCCAAGUCCCCUGAACCAGUCAAAUCUCCUCAGAGAGUCAAGUCUCCUGAGCCAAUCAAGUCACCUCAGAGAGUGAAAUCUCCAGUCUCACCAAAAUCCCCAACACCAAAAUCCCCGACACCUAAGUCCCCUACUCCAAAAUCCCCUACUCCAUCUGAGCGUGUGACCUCUCCAAUCAAGUCACCAAAGAGAGUGAUGUCACCAACUCUGGAGAAGAAGCCGACCUUCUCCGUCGGUCUUAGCGACGUCACUGCAACCUCUGACUCCAUUGUCAAGCUGACAGUGAAGCUGGCAGGAGAGCCCAAACCAGCAAUCUCAUGGACGAAGGAUGGAAAGGCUUUGUCUCAGGGUGGGAAGUAUGAAAUCUUUGAGGAGCACGGCUCAGCUUACCUUGAGAUUUAUGAAUCAGAAGUUUCUGACAGUGGGGUGUACAAGUGCACUGCUACUAACAGUGCUGGAGCAGUGUCGACGACCUGCACAGUCACUGUACGAGGCUCAAAAAGCUCCAAAACAAAAGCUGAAAUCUCUGAGGAAGUCAUGAAAAAAGAAACGGUCCAUGAGGAAGUCCUGUCCUCUGUGAAGGAGGUCAGGUCCUCCCACACCCAAAUGUCCAUUACAGAGGGCCAGUCUCUGACUCUGAGGGCUAACAUCCCCAGAGCCUCAGACAUCAAGUGGAUUCUGAACGGGAUUGAACUGGUCGACUCAGAGCAGUACAGAUACGGAGCGUCCGGAAACGACCAGACCCUGACCAUCAGGUCGGUCAGCCAGAGCGAGCAAGGGAUCAUCACGUGUCAGGCUCAAACACAACAAGGCCUGGUCCGGUGUCAGUUUGAUACUGCAGUCACAGCUAAACGCCCAGACGCACCCCACUUCGUGGUGCAGCCCAGGUCCCAGAAUGUCAAUGAGGGACAGAAUGUCAAAUUCCAAUGUGAAAUUGCAGGAGAGCCUUCACCUGAAGUGGAGUGGUUGAAAGACAACAUGACCAUACCUGUCACAUCAAACAUUAGACUGAGCCGCUCCAAAAAUGUGUACACGCUGGAGAUACGCGAUGCCGCCGUUGCAGACAGUGGGAAAUACACGAUAAAAGCCACAAAUCAGUUCGGACAGUGCUCUGCAACUUCGUCCCUCAACGUCCUCACUCUUGUUGAAGAACCAACAAAAAUGAUUAUUGUGGAGCAAAGAGCUUCUACUGACGCUGCUGCCAGCAUGCAGAAAGGUUUCUCAGCCUCGUCCUUUCAAAUGGAGGCAGCUUCCAUGCAGGCCAGCAGUUACAGCAGCAGCUCCCGCUCUGCUGCUGCUGCCGCGCAUUCGUUUGAGAGCAUGUCAGCGACUAGCAUGUCUGCCAUGAUGGCUGAGUCAGUGGUCACCAUGAGCACCAGCAGCCAAAUGAUGGAAAUGUCUGCUCACUCGCAUGUCGAGGCCUCCUCUUCCUCCUCCUCACUGAGAGCCCUCACUACAGGGCGUAAAAGAGGCAGUCCACCCAAGAUCGAGGCCCUCCCACGGGACGUCAGUGCAGAGCCAGGGAAGUCCCUGACGGUGGCGGGGGUAUUCUCUGGAGACCCUGCCCCCUCUGUCCAGUGGCUCCGCUCUGGGCGGACCCUCCCCAACGGGGAUGAGCGGUACCAUGUGGAGAACACCGCCGACCUCUCCACCCUGAUGAUCUCAGCGGUGAAAGAGAACGACACCGGAGCGUACACCCUCCGCCUGUCCAACGAGUUUGGCUCCGACUCUGCAACUGUCAACAUUCACAUUCGGUCCAUGUAAAAAAAAGAACAAAAAAAAUUAAUUUAUACCCCCGUUUCCCUGAUCCAGAACCUUUUUGUUUAGUGAAUUAGCAACAAUAAUCUACUUGAUAAAGAUCUGGAUUUCUGUUCUUGUAAAUAUGAACUAUUUUUGUACCAAUCUUGACAUUAAUUUAUGCCAAACUAGACUAAAGUCUAAAGUUGUUAUAAAAUGUGCCAUAUUGGAUAACUAUGACUUUUGAAACACAUUUCUGUGACAUGUACAUAAUGUAUAUAGCCGAAUUUAACGGUUAUGGGAAAUGUAUGCAUUGUUAUUUAUGACAAUAAUAUGAACUGAAACAAAAGAACAAAUGUUUUAACAGGAGAAAGUUCCACCAGGAACGAAUACCCUGUCAAACCGAGAAACUAAACUCUGUGCCUCAACGGUAAGUUGAAGUCCUAAGAUUGCCUCAACAGGUAGAGAGGCUCCCUGUUGAUGUUACGAACCAGAAACAGAAAGACAAAGUUAAUGUGUUGGACACGCAUCUGUGCGUGUGAUAUUACAGUUUCUUAUGAGUUGUACCAUGAGCACAAGACCCUGAGUGCUGUUUGUAUCACCCUCAUGUAAGCAGCAUGAACCGGCCUUGUGCUCAGACUGACCGUGUCAUACCACCACGACUUGAUGACCUGCUCAGAGUGCGAGCGGCCUGCACUCUCAGCGCUUAGAUCAUUUUAAUAAAGAGCGCUGCUUCUGGCACGGGACGGUGGGAUCGGCUUUUUAAAAUGAAACAUCACCUGGCCACGAACGAACGAACAGAAAGUCAAAGCCCGCCCUGCUGUGCAGAAGCAGUGCCGGCUCCUGGAGGAUAGUUAGGUAAUGUGUUUGUGUGUUUUAAGUGUGAGUGUUUUUAGCUUUUAGUCAUUUCACUUUGUCAGUGGUCAGGGUCUUCUUCAUUCGCCACGCUGAGUCCAUCGCCUGUGAAUGAAAGGAAAAGAGAAGCAGUUAUGUUUUGCCCUGCACUUUGAUUUGAUUAAACUCUUGAUGUAGGACUACAUUUCAUCCUCCUUGAGUUGUAUGCAUUACUGAUUUAAUAAAGCAUGAUUUCAGCACUA